GGAACGGAGAGGUCUUCAUAAUGAACCAGCAUCGCCCACCGUAUUUUCCACACACUAAUGCUUGAAGUCCACUUAACUACUCUAUUUAAUUCGGAUGCGUUUUCGCAUAUUCCGAUGGUCAUUUCGAUAAUUUCACCUUUCUUUGCAAGUUUAGACACUCCUGCUCGUAAAAAACUGUCUAACAAAGUUUGCCAGCUUCUUUUUUUAUCGAGACUAAGGUGAUAACGAUUCCUGUUGGUGCUGACAGCUACCAUGAUCUGGUAAUCGCUUCGACAGGCAGGCAAAACCAACUGAGGACGCCUUUCUAUUCAAUUUGGUUGACCAUUUCGUCCUAUCUCAUCAGUCGUCGUCUUGACAGCGGUGAUCCACAUGUCUUCCUUGCCGCGUUCAAACGCAUCCGUUAGACAUCUUCAAUGUCGUUUAAAUUAGUUCACCCGUUUCCAACAAUCUACGUCCCACAGUAGGUGGGCUAACUCCUGAAAUGUCAACCGAAAUUCCGAAAUGCGUUUUCGUUUCGAAAAGAUUAAUUUGGUAGGGUUGUAAAACUAGUCAGCCUACAGCCCAAUUUAAUAAUAUUCCAGUUACCUCAGGAUGCCGGCUUUCGAAUGAACUUCCUUCCGGCUGAAUGCAAAAACUACACUCUGUAAAAAUGACUGCUUAAGUAGCAUGGAUUUUUCUCACUGAUUUUCGAUGCCCCUAAAUGUCCAAUUAUAUUUCAUGGAAAACAUGCAUAAAAAUAUUUAUUUUUUUGCUCAUUCUGUAGAAAAUUACGUCUUCUUCUAAUUUUAUGCCCGAAGGAGGGACAUAAUUUAGUUUUUAAAAAGUUUCUAAUUGUGGGACUUCUAAAUACCGUGAAAUGGCCGUUCAUAAAUCGUCAUGUCUCUGCAUUUUCCAAUGUGGCUCGUAAAGUUAACAAUCUGAAUGAAAUCCACUGCCAAAUUUUAUGAACCUUAUAUGGUCCUCCUUUUUUACCGUAGAGAAAUGUGUGGUUUGCCGUACACGGAAAAUAUACAGCCUAUAGUCUCAAAACCCUGAAUCAAAGUGAAACGGUAGAGAGGGUUCAAAAUUAUUCGGGAAUUGGAAAAGUUGUUGAAAACCGAAUUAUGUCCCUCCUUCAAGUACAAAAUUAGAAGAAGACAUAAUUUUGGACCGAAUGAGCUAGAGAAUGAAUAUUUUUAUGCAUAUUUUCGAGGAAUAUAAUUGGAAUUUUAGGGACAUCGAAAAUCAACGAGAAAAAUGCCUACUACACAAGUAGUCAUUGUUUACAGAGUUUUGUUUUUGCAUGCGGUCGGAGAGAAGUUCAUUCGAACGCCGACAUCCUGAGGUAACUGAAAUAUUAUAGAAUUAUGUUGCAGGCUGACUAGUUUUACAACCCUACUUAAUGAAUCUUUUCGGAACGAAAACGCAUUUCGGAAUUUCGGUUGACAUUUCAUGAGUUAGCCCACCUACUGCAUGUGUACAAAGCAACACGCGACCUCGCUUCCUAAGUAAAUUCGAAUUGCAGGACCACGCUGGAGUGCGGCAGCCUUAAGGGACAAGAACACAUGUCCCAAGAACAACAACUUUCACCCCUUCCCCCCCCCCCCUUGCCCGCCCGGGAAAGAACCACUGACAACUGGCCAGUGAAACGACGUACAGGUUGAUGGAUAUGAAUUGCCGGCAUAUUCCACCGCAGUUACGUGCGCGCACAUCGUGACCUUUGCUGCCUCCUGUCUCAUGACCCGCAUUCCGGAUUUGGGAAGCGCCAUGACUUCUUAAGAGAAUCGGCGAGGCUCACCACACUGUAGGCUGGCCAUUCCAGUCUCCCUUGUCAUUGAGGUUGCUGGUUGGGCCCCAAGGCACACUGGGUCCCGUAACACAAUCGGUGAGCGCCUCUCUACCAUAGGCUGGCAUGGCAAUUUCACCGUCGCUGGGGACGAUGUCCACCGUGUGUGCCCCACAGAAGGGUAGACGUAGAGGCGGUAGUUUGCGCACGGGUUAGUUUGUAGGGAUAGCUGACUUACACCGCAUCUACCUCACUCUCUCCUCCCUCCUCCACCUGGUCCAGGUGUCUGGGUAUAAUCAGUUAGACCGGAGACAGAACCGACCGCAGUGAUUUACAAGGUUAGACAGUCCGUCUACGCGUGCCACACACACACCUGGUUUACGCACAGUGGACCUUGUCGGCUCAGAUCCCAACGGAAUGGGGUUGUCAUAGAAGCCAUAUCCAGAAGGAGCCAUUACAGCCUAACUCACCGUCCUGAGGGGAGAACCCAGCUAGCCCGUCAGUUGGCGGCCACCCAAGCCACGGCUUUUAACGCACCGUGAUAGCUUCGAGCGCGUCAGAUUGUUUAUAGUGAGGAAGAGUAUGCGUUGAGUGCUGUAGGGAGGCAGUCCGCAGAGUUGACCUCACUGUCUUCCGCCUCCCAGGUACCGGUUCACUGUCCAAAAACCGGUCAGUCAUCUGUUGCGAGGAUUGGGCGCAAAGCGGCUAUCGGCCGGCAGCAGCACUUCCGUCCAAAAUCCCCAGCUUCCGUCUGCCUCAUUUUUUGUGCACCCCCAUCUCCCGGCUGCACUCCUUCCCCCCCCCCCCCUGUAACGGCGCACACCUCAAUCGCUUCCCCACUUUCACUCAGCAGGGAGUGUGCCGACAAAAAAAUGAGGCAGGUUGAGUGGUGAGGCUUCUGAACAGUAAAGUGUACAUUCAUACUUUCGGGUUUUGCUAACUUCCCUGAGAGAUGUCCUCAUGACCUUCGUUGUUUUUUUACUUAUCGUCUUCUGUCUCGUCACCCCCCCCCCCUAUCACGCAUCCUCGAACAGUCCACUCGAGCUAUCCAGCAGAAACUGUACACCGAUGUUGAGGAGGACACCGUGUACCUCCAGCUCCUGCUCAUCACCAUCGCCUCGCUCGUCCUCGUAGUCUUUGUGGUCUCUAUCGUCUUCUCCUGUUGGUGGAUCAAGAGUCGUCAGGACAAUGAAGAGGAAGCUUUAGGUUUGUGCACUAUCCUUACUCUGUUAUUCAUUAGUCUGUCUAAACUGCCUGCUUUGUGCCGACUGUUAUCUUUUGUCAUUGCUUUGAUGGUUCGAUCAUUUCGGGGGACGAGGUCAGCCAGUAACCCAGGAGGUGGGUGCAGCCGCAGCUUGCGCACGAAUUCCAUUUAUAUCGGGCCAGGCUUGUGUAGCACCCAUCUCACCUUCUCCUCUCGCACUCACCGCGUUUUGCUAGGUGCAGACACAGUCCUGACGAUCGGAGGCGUGCCUGGGUGUAACAGUUGACAAAGUUGAACGACCCGUCUACGCGUGCCACACACGACCUCGUCCUUAAUUCACGCAUACCAUCCGUCGUUCAGGAGUAUUUGUCGGGUCUACCGCAAGUAGGAGCGCCUUAAGGGUCCCAGUAGAAAGGAAUCGUUGAGGCCUGAUUCUCAGACCUGACUAGAACCGAGUUGUCCCGUCAGUUAGCAGCCAUUCAGACCAAGACCUUCAGCGCACUUGCCAUACAAGCCGUCUCGCAACAUGAUUGGCGAUCUGCAGUAUUCCACCGUGUCUGUUAGCGCUUGCACAAACUGGUGACUAUUCCUUCCCAUGUAUGAGUUUCUAACUGACCAUCUUCCACCGCGGGCUGCAGGGACACCUUGAACUUUCUGUGCUGGCACGCAGUCGGGUGACCGGGGACUGCUUGACUGUCUUUCAUUGAAAGUGUCGACACAAGGCGGAAAACUUUGAGACAGAGGGGCCACGAUAAGCACUGUUAAGCCCCUUUUCCAAACUUGUAUUUAUGAACGGCGCUUUUUCAAUGUGAAUCCUGUUGCUGUUGUAAUUGAACAAGAAAUUGCUCUCCGCGGAACCAGAAAACGCUGGUAACAUGACCUUGGCGCUGAAAUAAAAGUCACAUUCAGCUUUAUAAAAGGUACGUAUAGUCAACUGUCUGUGGGCUUCGUGAGUUUGCUUGCGCAGAGAGGCUUAUGCAUUCCUUUGCGGAGAACGUUUGUGGCACACAGUUUGGAGGCCUUUAUCCACUUAAGGUAAAAUUAAAGCUCACAUUUUCGAAGUACAUUUUUAUCACACUUUUAAACGCGAAAAAAUUCACACCUCUAAGUACAGAAAAUAAGAAGUAGGUAAUUUUCCACAAAGCGGAUAUGAGCACUUUAAGCCUCAAAAACUGGUCAGAAAAUGCAUGGUAUGUAGUUAGAUGUCUAAUUACGGACAUUGGCAUAACUAGAUGGGAAGACGUCCUGUCGAAAGCGAACUUGUCCCUCUGCGGGUGAAGUUGCGAAAACCAACCACAUUUUCCAGCCAAACGGAUAGUCGUUUUUCAAGCUGUCCCAAACCAAAAGCCCUACAACUCCUAGCCACCGCUGGGUGGAUUGGAGGGCUGUGCAUUGAGGCGCUUUUUGACAAAUUUGCAGAGCUGGAUUCGGCGCAUACACUAACCUAUCGGUUGACUGGACCGUUUAACUCACGUUGUCAACUCCCCGCCUCUCCCCUUUUUUUCCUGACAGCGAACAGUAGUCACCAGUCAAAACGCAGGAGAGUUUGCUUUGGCCACCGAUGGCCAAUCAGCGGUUUCUUGCACGUGUUUGCUGCUAACGAGUGUCGUGCUGUCGACGCUGCGUUCGCCCCUCUUUCUUUUGUGGAGUGCGUUUUCGGGAGAAAAGUUUUGGCAGCAAGUGUAGUAGAAUUAUUUUUUGUUGGCGCAGGUUGCGGUUUUCCAUAUGAAUUCUCUCUCUCUCUUCUACAAAUAUACAUGUAAUUGAUGAUCGACGCACGCUCAUCAUCUGGGUGGAUAGAAAGAACCGAUCAGACUCCCUGCCUGUCUUUCUCCUCUUCUGUUAACUAAUCCUCCGUACGAUACUGUCAAAAGUUUAACAGUUUUUCACCUAACAGGCUCGAAAAGGAAGCUACGUGGUGUUUGUGGGAGUGGACAUUUUUUACUUUCUGUCAUGAGUCAGUCAUAGCCACAGACCCUGAAGAAUAAACUGUGAUCCUUACACCCUCAACUACGAGGAUCUUUUUUUCCUGCAGAGUUUUGACUUAGCUUCUUAUGUUUUUCAGAGGAAAGUAGUAGAAAACAAAAAUACUAAAACAUGAGACGCGCUAAAUGCUUUGAAGAUCUGGUGGCAUCUUGGGGAAAUUCGAUUUAACCUUUAUACUCGACACCAAAACAAACUUUAGUUAUAUAAUUAUCCUUCUUGGGGUUUUUUUCUUUGAAAAAACCGUUUUUGGGGACUGGAAGCAUAGAAGUGUGGGAAUUUUUUAUAUUUGAUAGGAAAUUUCCUCUCUCCUCGGUGUUGGCCCACGGUGGAAAUCAUGGCUUUCACGUCAUUCAAACGCACGAUUUAGCUGGACAUGCAGGACGGCCUAUUGUGGGGACGGUUCCCUGCAGUUCCUAAUUUCAUAAGUACAGGUCUCUGUCACACCUCUAACACACAAGUUUAGAAUUCAAUAGUUUUGCCCGGCGCGAGGGAGACUUAUUUCUUUGCUACGCAAUAUUCAGCACAUCGAAAUAUGGCUAUGACUGCUGGCUUUUUAUAGUUAGCCGAUUUGCAAAAAUGUAUGCUACGAGACCGCCAACUGGUCAACUUCUGGAUCCUACUUAUUUCGCAGCCAUGUAUUUGUCGAUGAUCGUUUUGUUACCCACCGUUCGUAGACUCACCAGGUAGCCCACCACCCGGCCGAUGGCCGAACCGCUUUUUCCCGACGUCCAUAACGUCGUCGACGAAUUGUUGCCAGGCAGAAAUGCCGCCGAAAUACGUUAGCUCUACACACUUGUAGUAAUGGCAGUCAUUUCAUGCGGAACAUGGACCGUGUCAUACGUUGAAUGAUGGUAGAGAGGGUUUUACUGGUGAGGCAACAUGCAGGGCGCAAUGCAAAAAGACACAGAAAGUUAAUUGCCAAAAGUCUUGUUGCGAGCUGUCCUAUGACACAGAAAGUGAGCGCGAUGAUUUAAAAAAAGCAAUUUGCGAAAGUGGCGGAUUUUGAAUAAACCGGCUCUGGCGAGAUUACAUUCAUUCCGGAAGCCCAAGAGAUUGCAAUCAGCAGGGACAAUGAAUCGGAAGUGAUGUUUGCAAUCACAAGGACUGUUAGAGCAUAUGUUUGAUUUGCCAGUUACCUGGGGUUCUACAACCUACCGUUACCGCACAGUCUGCUACAAAAACGCGUUCUGUUAAGGAAGUCUUCUAACCAAAAUUCGACAUGCGCAUUCUAAACGAAUGGAUGUGCUUAACCGAACCCUGCUGAGGAUCGUCUCAGUUUACUCCGUUGUUAAAGUGCUCCGCUGUUCGAAAUCCCCUUUUCUUGUUCAGUCUCUCUCGGCCCUCUCUGGUUCAAGUCUUCGUGAUAAAACUGGCAAUCCGUCUUUCUAUAUUCAACGUACAGUAGAUGUGCUAACUCAUGAAAUGUCGAUCAAAAUUUCGAAAUGAGUUCUCGUUUCGAAAAGAUAAAUUAAGUAGUGUUGUAAAACUGAUAAUGAUGCAGCAUAAACCUAUAAUGAUUCAGUUACGUCAGGGUGUCCGCUUUUGAAAGAACUUAUUUUCGGCUGCAUGCAAGAUCUAUACUCUGCAAAAAAUGACUACUUAUGUCGUAUGCAAGUUUCUCAUUGAUUUUCGAUGCCCUUGAAAAUUCAAUUAUAUUUCGUGGAAAACAUGCAUGAAAAUAUUUAUUCUUUUACUCAUUCGGUAGAAAAUCACGUCUUGUUCCAAGUUCAUACUCAAAAGACGAGUAUAAUUCGGUUUUAAAAAACUUUUCUAAUUCCCGAAUAAUUUUGAACCCGACUUGCUGUUACACUUGCAUUCAGGGUUUCAAAUCAACAAGCUGUAUAUUUUCCGUGUACGGAAAACCAUGCAUUUCUCUACGGUGUUAAAAGGAGACCAUAUGAGGUUCAUGAAAUUAAACAGUGGAUAUGAGCAAUACUGUUAACUUUACAAGCCACAUUCGUAAAUGCAGAUACAUGACGUCUCAUGAACGGCCAUUUAAGGGUAUUAAAAAAUCUCACAAUUAGAAACUUUUGAGAACUGAAUUAUAAUCUUCGUUUGAGUAUGAAAUUGGAAGAAGACGUGAUUAUCCACCGGACAAGUAAAAGAAUGAAUAUUUUUAUGCAUUUUUUCAUGAAAUAUAAUUGAAUUUUCAAGGGCAUCGAAAAUCAAUCAGAAAAUUGCAUGCUACGUAGGUAGUCAUUUUUUGCAGAGUAUAGAUCUUGCAUGCAGCCGAAAAUAAGUUCUUUCGAAAGCCGACACCCUGAGGUAACUGGAUCAUUAUAGAUUUAUGCUGCAUCAUGAUUAGCUUUACAACACUACUUAAUUUAUCUUUUCGAAACGAGAACGCAUUUCGAAAUUUUGGUCGACAUUUCACGAGUUAGCACAUCUACUGUACCUCAGCUCUGUAUCUGAUGUUCUGCUGAUCAUACUGGAAAGGUCUAAGUCAUGCUCUAAAUACGAGUAGAGCUCUACAGAAUAGUAGUAAUGGCAGUCAUUGCAUGCCGAGCAUGCAAAAGUAAAUCUAUCGAAAAGUUGCCAGCUAGCCGGUAUAAAUCGGCCGGCAGCGAUAGGUUAUAGGACCCCCAACUAACUGGAGAUAGCCUGUGGACUGUGUCUUACGUUGAAUGAUGGUGGGGGAGGGGGGUUUAUGGGUGUGACAGCACUCAAGACGAACAGCAGGCGGCAUGCAUGAAGACACACGAUGACUGGUAAUAGCCGCUGACUCUCUUGUUAACCCUGUAACUUCGCGUAUUUUCAAUUUCUAUGUAACUCUUUCGGCCUGAUGACGACUUACCAAAAAAGCGUGUUUGCCAAAUUGAAUUUUCAAGUAAAUGUCUGCCAAGGGUCUUACUGAAUGCUGUUAUACGACAAAGAAAGUGAGCUCAGUGGAAAGCUAUUUCCAAAAAAUAACGGAUUUUGAAUAAACCGCCGAUGGCAAGUUUGCAUCAACCUAGGAGGAGAAGGAAAUUCCAACCAACGGUGAAUAAUAACAGAUGCUGUCAGUCACACGGUAUUUUAGUGUACAUGCUGGAGUUGCCAGCUAUGUGGUGUCCUACAACCUACCGUUACCAAUCGGCCCUAGUGAAGAGCAAUUUCUGGUCAUUUGGAGACUUAAAGUCAAGCUGCAACGGCUCAUUCUCAGCGUGGCCAGUAAGGCGAUCUCCUCUUUGUGGUAUUUAAGCUGCCUUUACUGCAGCAUGGAAGUCGGGAACCGGCUCGUGUGUGGCCCGCGUAGACGAACUAUUUAACCUUGUCAGCCACGCCGUGCACGCCCAUCUCCGAUCGAGCAGGAAUCAGAAACGUCAAGCAAAUAGAGCUCUUGUCCUAGCGAUCGUUCCUCCUUCUUCAUGUCUUGCUUCUGUCUUGCCAUCGGAGAAGUGCGGGUAGGGGGAGAAGGAGUGUUCUAGGUGCUCCGCAAUUCCGCUGCCCAUUCCGUGGGGCACAUGGUGGAUGUCGUCGCUUGCAACAGUCAAAUUGUCGGACGUGGAUCAGAUCGCCGUUUCACCGUGUAGUCACUUUUUUUUAUAUAUUCUUUAAAAAGCUAUUACUAUGGGAAAACUUGGCUGCAAGGCUUGCAAGAGAGACGCGGAGACGCUGGCCGUUUCAGGCGUUUAAGGCCCUCUUAAGCCAGCCUGUGCCUGUUUCGCGGAGUUCCCCCUAAUGCUUUUUAAUCCCUUUUUUUAUAUCGAAGACAGUUUGCUGUGAACAUCCACUUAAGUGCUCUUUUGGUUAUUACCUUUGCCCUGUAAAUUCCGGUUUUCACGAAUUUUGUUGUCGUUAUUUCAGCCUCCGAAUACGUAGAUAUAACGGAUCAGGUAGGGCAUCAUUCACGAAGACGAUUGUCGUCCAGUCGCAUGCGCACAUCUUCACUUCUGCAUGAACUUUUCUCCAGACACUUUAUCAGUUCUCUGGAAAUCGCUCCUCAUCCUUAUCCAUCCCUCCUACUACUCCUCCUCCUCCUCUGCCCUUCCAAAAAUGUAUUUUUUCAAUCGCAUGCCAAACAAAAGUUACAUGUUUCACAGCCAUCCUCCCACUCCUCCCCCUCUUUCUUGGCUUCCCCUACCCUCGUUCUCCCUUUAUUGUCUUCUCUUUUCCUAAUCAUUCUUCUCUCCCUCCGCCACCACCACCACCACAACCGUCAUCGCCAUUCCCGCAAUAUUUCCUUCCUAUCCCCUACUCAUUCAUAUUUCUUGCCUGCCGUCUGUCUUUCGUGAGUUCUAUUUUAAGGGCUGUUCAUAUGCUUCCCGACCUUCUCAUGCUGUUUUAAGGUGGACCUAAAACACCUGUGCGAAUCCGCCUCAGGCAGUCAGCUGAACCAACUGGCUAAUGGACGCACCUCUGCCGACGGAGAUAUUGAACUGCUGUCGUUGGGCCAAACAUUUUUGGGAGCUCAGCGUCCGGAGGAGAAGUUGGAUGAGGUUAGUUGCCUUUGUUGGUUUUUUAACAGCUCCUCCAAGCAAGUUGCUGUUUGCUGACCCUAAUUUGGCUUUUGCGCGAAUCUCCUCUCUGUGUGUUUCCAACUCAACUGAUACUCGGAACUUAUCUUCAGGUCUCAAAGUUCCACCUAAAACAAUGAUAUAAAGUGUCUGAAGAGGUAGAAACGAUUUGUGCAACAAGAGCUUUAUUCGCCUGAUGUUUCGGAUUCCUGCUUGAACUCAUCAUCAGUGACAAUAGCUGUGCCUUAAGGGCUUUCUCUCGAGCCCAACCAGCAGCCGCACAGCGGCGCAUGAUAUAUAGGCAGAAUGGCAUUACCCACAAAGACAAGGGAGACUGGAAUGGCCAUUUCUGGCUUAUUAGCCGUCGUCAGCCAGCUAUACCCAAGCUCGAAGUGUGGAACACCCGAGCCUCGAAUUCACGACCUGUUAGUUAGAAGUCCACGCCUCUAACCACUGGGCCACGAGCCCGUUGCUCUAUCGGUUUCGAUCGGUGAGCGUCCCCUGCCAUCGUAUAUUCCCGAUCGAAAAACCGACAGGGCAACGGGCUCGUGGCCCGGUGGGUAGAGGCGUGGACUUCUAACUAACAGGUCGUGAAUUCGAGCCUCGGGGGUUGUGCCACACUUGGGGGUUGGGCAUGGCUGGCUGACGACGGCUAAUAAGCCAGAAAUGGCCAUUCCAGUCUCCCUUGUCUUUGUCGGUAAUGCCAUUCUUCCUAUAUAUCAUGCGCCGCUGUGCGGCUGCUGGUUGGGCUCGAGAGAAAGCCCUUAAGGCACAGCGAAACGAGUGAGUUCCGUAUGAACGAUCGGUGAGGGCUUGCUGGAACAAGAGCUUUAUUCGCCUGACGUUUCGGAUUCUCGCCUUAACCCAUCAUCAGAGAGAGCGCGUUUCUGUCCCUCUCCUUCUCCCUGAUGGUGGGUUUAAGUGCGAAUCCGGAACGUCAGGCAAGUGAAGCCCUUGUUCGAGCGAUCAUCUCUACUUCUCAUCAGAUAUAAAGCCUUCUGGCUGACUUUAGACGGGAAAAAUUCAUAAACAUGCCUCAAAGUCAACUCUUUUCCCUUACACUUGAGGUCCAUCCGAGGCAUUGUGGCAAAUCAACUUUGGUAGGAAGCGGGAUUAUGGUCUCCCCUCUUCUCCAAUCACAGAUGGUCUUACCUUAAGCUCCAAGCGACUAGAGUUAGGGUUGGUUUCGAGGUUAGGGUUAGGACUAGGAGAGUUACGGUUAGGAUUAGGAUAAGUGAUAGGAUUAGGGCCGAGCUUAUACCACGGCAAUGGGAGUCCCCUAGAAUUUAUCGCGAGCCCAGAUGCAGUACUGGGGGAGUGUCAAUACCCCGGCGUUCAACUGACUGGCUUUUAGGCAGCGUAACAUUACCGACAAAGACGGUGGGGACUGGAAUGGCCAUUUCUGGUUUAUUAGCCGUCAUCAGUCAGCCAUACCCAGUUUCAGGGUUUUGUCACCCCUGAGGCUCCAAGCCCUGACCAGUUGGUUAACAGGUAUGGGCGCUUGCGAUAGUGUUUGUUUGAUCCUUCACCAGGGAUGUAUUUUUAGAGCAGGUCCCUCCUCGAACAGCGAUGUGCCCAGGGAGACUCCACAAAGAGCACUUUUAUGUUUUCUUCAAUUGAAUUAUUGCAGACACUGUGGUCGAACUCCCUGAAUACUUUGUCUCAUUGAAGUUGUCUUUGAAGAGGUGGGGCAGCCCGAAUAGUGGCAGUUUCCAGACUGUCCAACGUAAGUGUCCGAAAUUUCUCAUCCGCAACCACCACAGUCGAGCUCGGAGCCAAGUAGCCAAGCCCUGUAAAUGUAAUGUGGUAAACAGCGCUGGAAAACAGAGCUUUCGGCGCUUCGGCAGUGUGAGUGCUCUCAAAAUAUUGUUUUAAGUGCCCUCAUGUCCCAGGGAUGAAGCUGGCAGCCGAAGAGUCCUUGGGUGUCCUUGGACAUGUUUAGGAAACCCGGUCUGCCGUCGCACUUUCAUUCAUGGUUUCCAAACUACAGUAGAUGUGCUAACUCAAGAAAUGUCAACCAAAAUUUCGAAACGCGUUCUCGUUUCGAAAAGAUAAAUUAAGUAGUGUUGUAAAACUAAUCAUGAUGUAGCAUAAAUCUAUAAUGAUCCAGUUACCGCAGGGUGUCGGCUUUCGAAAGAACUUAUUUUCGGCUGCAUUCAAGAUCUACACUCUGCAAAAAAUGACUGAUUAAUUAGUAUGCAAUUUUCUCAUUGAUUUUCGAUUCCCUUGAAAAUUCAAUUAUAUUUCAUGGAAAACAUGCAUAAAAAUAUUCAUUCUUUUACUUAUUCGGUAGAAAAUCACGUCUUCUUCCAAUUUGAUACUCAAAAGAAGAGUAUUAUUCGGUUUUAAAAGACUUUCCCAUUCCAGAAUAAUUUUGAACCCGACCUGCUGUUACACUUGCAUUCAGGGUUUCAAAACUACAAGCUGUAUUUUUUCCGUGUACGGAAAACCAUGCAUUUCUCUACGGUGUUAAGAGGAGACCAUAUGAGGUUCAUAAAAUUAAGCAGUUGAUUUAAGCAAUAUUGUUAAAUUUACAAGCCACAUUGAUAAAUGCAGAGACAUGGCGUUUUAUGAACAGCCAUUUAACGGUAUUAAAAAAUCUCACAAUUAGAAACUUUUUUAAAACCGAAUUAUACUCUUCUUUUGAGUAUCAAAUUGGAAGAAGACGUGAUUUUCUACCAAAUAAGUAAAGGAUGAAUAUUUUUAUGCAUGUUUUCUAUGAAAUAUAAUUAAAUUUUCAAGGGCAUCGAAAAUCAAUGAGAAAAUUGCAUACUAAUUAAUCAGUCAUUUUUUGCAGAGUAUAGAUCUUGAAUGCAGCCGAAAAUAAGUUCUUUCGAAAGCCGACACCCUGUGGUAGCUGGAUCAUUAUAGAUUUAUGCUACAUCAUGAUUAGUUUUACAACACUACUUAAUUUAUCUUUUCGAAACGAGAACGCAUUUCUAAAUUUUGGUUGACAUUUCAUGAGUUAGCACAUCCACUGUACAAGUUGAAAAUUUUCCUUGUAAGGAAAAUCAUUCGUUCCUUUAUGCCUAUUACAAGGAUUUAUAUAGGACUCAUAAAUGUGUGCAAUGCAUGUGGACUAUGUUACAUACUUUAUAGGCGGCAUUAAUAAGCCUGCAAGUGCUAUGCGUUAUGAAUGGGGAUUUUAAUCUCGUAACUAGAAACCUUUAAAACCAGAAAAUACCUUUUCUUCCAGUACAUACUUUUAAGAAGAUGUAAUCUACUACCAAAUGAAUAUAAAAAACAAUAUUUUGGCAUUAUGAGUUAGUAUAUUUGGAGUAAACGACAGAAGCCCUGAAAACUCCAUUUAGAGGGUACAGAUGUAAGGGAAAAUAGUUAAAUUGCGAAACUUUUGUUUGCAGUUUUAGUAAGAAAAAUUCAUUAAUCUAAUAAUGUAAAAUAAAGGCCAAAGGGGUAUGGUAUUCGCGAAAUAAGUGCGAAAACCUUUGUUCACCGUAUUCGGGCUGUGAAAAUUUCCACAUAGGCUAAGUUUGACGCACAAAAAGGAUCUGUUGAAAUCCUGUUAGUAGUAUAUUUAUAGUCAUUUCGGUUUUCCGUUAAAACAGGCUUUGCCAGUUCGGGUUGCCUUUCAGCAGGUGUGUAUCCAGGUGUCUCUUGAACACGUUCAGGGUAGGAGAAUUAACAACAUACUCCGGCAAAGAGUUCCAUUGGCGAAUGACCCUCUGUGAGAAAAAGGAGUAACGUUUAUUUGUGUGGCACAAUUCCCUUUUAACCUGGUAAUAAUUUCGUCUGAGAUUAGACUUGGGUACCAUUUCAAAAAACGUUUCCCAGUCGACAUCCAGAUUAAGUCCUUUUACCAACUGGAACGUUGCUAUGAGGUCACCUCUGUUCUGCCUGUAGUGGAAGGGAUGGAGUUUCAAGGCCGUCAGGCGCUGCUCGUACGUGAAAUUUUGGAGGCCAUGAACAGCCUUUGUAGCACGCCGUUGUACACCUUCAAGCAUAUAUAUAUCCUUCCGAAGCCGCGGCCGCACCUUGAAUAUGAGGUACAGGCUUGGCGGCCGAGGCUUUCCAUAAAAAUUAUUUUAAUUUAUAGGGGUAUCGAAAACCAAUGAAAAAAUUUUACCACCUCUGUUUUAGAGUGUGAUUUCUGCAGGCGGCCUGAAAGAAACUCGUCCAGUCCCAAGGCGUGGCUGAAAUGUCGUGGGAUGAUGCUGCACAUUAAUUAGUAUUGUAACCCUCCUUAACGAAUCUUUCCGAAUUAAAAGCACAUUUCGAAGCGCAUAGAAUUGAUUGAUUGAUUGGUCAUGGAGCGGGAGCCAGGCGCCAUACCCAUCAACCUGAAACUCCUGCGUUCAUGCUGUUUUUUUUUAAAAAAUUCUUUUUUCGAAGUCCUGCUAUCUCUAAUGCCGAUUUCGCCUUUUAAACUCUCUAAUCUGAUCGAUCUCUUUGUCUUACUCACUUAUUAGGAGAGUUUUGAACGUACCUAUUUUCUACCCCUCCUCAUUUUCAAAUCUAGUUGCUCUGUGGGACUGAGUAUGCUACGUUUGCGGCCCUAGAGGAACACCAGGAUACCAAGGUCUGUGAAGUGUCCAUGCCUGGUACAACGCACACACAGCCUCGUUACACAAUUGCGGGGGCCAAUAGCAACGGUUCUGGAGGCACCCUUGGUACCAUCAUUGGCAUCCCCACAUCAGUAUGUCCAACCGCCUCGGCUGUACCCUCCCUACCUCGUGACGGCCUCCUUCUCGUCAGCGCUGAUAACGCUCUCACACACACGAUCAGCAACACAACGGAUAGAACGGGCAGUACGUAAUCCUACUUGCCUUUUUUAGCUAAGCAUUUCCGAGCCGUAGAAACUCAAUUCGACCAAGCGAAACCUGCUCAGUGAAUAUCUUGUUUAGUUACCUUAUCCAGGGACGGCAUUUGAGAACUCCGUUUAUAAUAUGCGGGAUAUUGCUACUUACUUUAUUUGAGUAAACAUUUUGUUUCGCUAAAUAUUAUCACAGUCUCCCAGUAAUCUUCCAACGUUGCUGCCUGUUUGUACUUUCAUAAAAAGGCUAUGUUAAUUAUUUAUUUGGCAGUCUUUUGGAUCACCUUGCAUUUGAUUUGAAUAUAGCUUCAAAGUCUUCGCAGUGAGGUCUUCAAGAAAUCGUUGUAAAACAGUCAGGGUUUGCCGAACUGCGCCCUUUCUUCGCACCUAAAAGAAUAUUAUGAGAGGAUGUUGUUCGCGUUGAACUGCGGAGGCCUUGGGAAUGCUGGAAGAGACAGUGGUAAAUACGGCGCAACUCCCCCACAGUAAACCAAAUAAUCUAUCCUGCAGUAGUCAAUUCAGUAACGGAACAACUUCACCAAUAUAAGCCCCCUGUGUUCCAGUCUCCAUCAGAUUAAGAGGCAGGGUCUACCGUUUGGUACAGCCCUUUGGAAUAGGAAGCACAUCAAUCCAAAGCUGGCUUCCAGUCAACUCAUGUUUUAUUACGUUCAUUUCUCUAGACCUGCUGCCUGGAUCAAGUUCGACAACGGGCCGGACACGUCAUGUUGCUAAGGAGUUCCUCGAUGAAACAGUACUCAACACGGCAACACGUAGGAAACGCUCAAAGAAUGUGGUGUCGCCACAAACUGUUCAGAUAGCCUCGACCGGCGGUUUUGCUUCACUAGUACCUGUUCCUCAGCCCGUCAUUCUACUGCCUGCCUCUGGAGGUGCUGGUGCGGAUCCAAAUGCCGCUUUCCUUUUAGCGUCUUCCACUGCAGGUAGCGUGUAAACCUAUUUUUUUUCUAGCCUCUUGAGCAUAAUUCUGUCGCUCAUGCACUAAUAACUCGUGUCACAUUUCAACAGUAACGUGGAUCACUUAAGGCGCCUUAGUGGCAUUUUGACGGAAAUGCUUCUGUUAUUUAGGCACCGUGAUGCGGCCUAUGUCACCGGUGCAUGUUCUGGGAACCCUCGACACAGGUGGUGCGACGUUAAUGCCCUCAGUAAUGGCGUCCCUGCCUCAGUCUAACCAGUGUGAGCUGCAUCCCACAUCUUCAGGCGGCACCCUCUUUGUUCAAGUGAACUCAUCCCAUCCACCGACCGCUGAGCAGGUACGUUGCACCUCCCUUUUGUUUACACUCUCACGGCAAAACAGUUUGAAAAUGCUGGAAUUUCUGCUGCCAUCAUCAAUAGGUUUGUCAAGUUUUUAGCCAAUCUUACUCUGAGUUCCAUCUGUUUGUCUCCUGUAGUCAAUUUAAACGUAUUACUUCCAUUUUGUAAGUAGCACUGUUUAUGCCUUAUUAGUUUGCUCGUCUGAGUCCUCUUCCGGAUGCUGGCACCGAGGUUGUUUCCGGAAGCGGUCUACCGGUCUCCGUUCUUACUGCGCCCUAUGUGGCAGACGAACUGCUGGCUGAGAUGGCUGCCUGCCCGCAGCACAGUUACCUGGUUCGACAACAGAUUAACAAAACCUUUGAGGCCUCACCACCUGACGCCUCCUCGCCGGUAACCACGUAUGAAUCGCCGCCUAAUGGUUAGUCUAACUUCAGUCGCUGCUUUAUUGUUUACACUUUCAACCUACUAUAUUUAUUUAUUGACUUUAAACUGCAUCUGAGUGCAUAAGAGGAAUACGCUCUCGUCUGGAUGCUAUCACUCGUCCAAAUACUUUCGCUUUUAACCAUUAACUCAAGACAACCUCCGAAAGAUCUGGCAGCCUAAAGCGUUGGUAGAUAAACACAUGGCUGGGUCGUUAAACCCCCCAUUUAUCACGCUCAGACCUCUCCUUAAAUUGACUUAAGACUCAGUGAUGGACCACGUUUACCUCCACAGAGCGGCCGUUAUCAACCUUUUUGCCUCAUUUCGCAGUCCUUAUUUAAAAAUUUUAACCGUCCUCUCGACGUUCUCUCGGCCAUACGCAGUUUGACUAAACAACCUGUAAGCUUAUGAGACUCCUAGAGCAGAUAACAUACUAGGCGGUAAAUGCGUUCGCCGAUCUCUCCUGAGUACAGGCGUUUCGCUCUGCCUUAUUUUCCAGUCGAUGGGUUUGUCUGCGGUCACACCGGCAUCAAACGGAGAGCAAAUCAGGAGGAGCCAUAACUCAUCGAGCCCGAUGCCAAGACGUUGUCGAAGAACAAGUAUACCAUGUUCAUUCUCUUCUCACUAUUUGCGCACGCAUCCACUUGUCACUAAAGUAAUAUAAUAUAAUAGUGUAUUUUAGGGUAAUAGGCAAUGCCCUUGAUGACCCUAUUGAAAACGGUGCAUAAAAUAUAAAUGUUGAAUGUACAUCUUACUAAAAUUGUGUCAGUAACAUAUUUGUCCACGGUAUUGCUGAGACUUGCGUUCGCAUGCUAGUCUUUAUCUUACGCUGCGGACUCAUCGUGCCUUUCAUCUUCAAAUGUCGAACGUGCUGUUUAUUUAUGCCGAAUUUUUUGAACCAAACGAUCUGUUGAAAUCCGAUCCCUGACUUGCAGAAGCCUGGAAUUUGGCUUAGAUCAUUGUUCGGCCCUGCCUCUUACAUGCAUAUCGAACCCCUCUGCGUCAAGCAGGUACUCACAAUGUUUCAGUCUCGCCAGCCAAUAAUGUGCCGGCUUCUGCUAGAACCCCUACUGUACCCGAUCACUUGAAUUGAUGAUUAGAGUAGGGGUAUUGUUCGUCGAAAAAGUGUUCGCACAUCGUGUGCUAUCGGAGCCGCCUUCGUGAAGGUCCGGCACAUUCUUCUGGCGCCAUGUCGUAUGUGUGGCACGCGCAGACGGACCACUUAGUUAUUGCGCUGAGCCCGCCUCCGAUCUUCCCGACAAAUUUUCUUGUAGCCGGCCCUAAGUUGGUGAGGUACAGUAGGUGCGAAAUGCGUUUUCGGUUCGACAAGUUUAAGUAAUUAGGAUUGUAGAAUUAGUAAGUUUGCAACAUAAUUCUAUAAUAUUUCAGUUACCUCAGGAUGCCGGCUUUCGAAUGAACUUCCGUCCGGCUGCAUGCAAAAACUACACACUUUAAAAAAUGACUGCUUAAGUAGCAUGGAUUUUUCUUACUGAUUUUUGAUGCCCCUAAAUGUCCAAUUAUAUUUCAUGGAGAACAUGCAUAAAAAUAUUCAUUCUUUUGCUCAUGCCGUAGAUACCUACGUCUUCUUCUAAUCUUAUACUCGAAGAAAGGGCAUGAGUUUGUUUUCAAAACUUUUUCCGAUUCCCGAAUAAUUUUGAACCCGCUCUACCGUUACACUUAGAUUCAGGGUUUCCAAACUACAAGUCGUAUAUUUUCCGCGUACGGUAAACCACACAUUUCUCUACGGUAGUAAGGGGGGACUAUAUAGGGUUCAUAAAAUUUAGCAGUGGAUACAAUCCAUAUUGUUAAUUUUACGAACCACAUUGGUAAAUGGAAAGACACGACGACUUAUGAACGGCCAUUUCACGGCAUUUUAAAGUUCCACAAUUCGAAGCAUUUUUAAAACCGAAUUAUGUCCCUUCUUCGAGUAUAAAUUUGGUGAAAGAAGAAGAAGACCUAAUUUUCUGCCGAAUGAGCAAAACAAUGAGUGUUUUUAUGUAUGUUUUCCAUGAACUAUAAUUGGACAUUUGGGACAUUUAAAAUCAAUGAGGAAAAUUCAUGCUACAUAAGUAGUCAUUUUUUAAAAGAGUGUAGCCGACCCUAAGUUGGUGAGGUACAGUAGGUGAGCUAACUCAUGAAAUGUCAAUCGAAAUUCCGAAAUGCGUUUUCGGUUUGACAAGUUAAAGUAAGUAGGAUUGUAAAAUUAGUAAGCUUGCAACAUAAUUCUAUAAUAUUUCAACUACCUCAGGAUGCCGGCUUUCGAAUGAACUUUCUUCCGGCUGCAUGCAAAAACUACACUAUGUAAAAAAUGGCUGCUUAUUUAGCAUGCAUUUUUCUUAUUGAUUUUGGAUGCACUUAAAAAUCCAAUUAUAUUUAGGGGAAAACAUGCAUAACAAUAUUCAUUCUUUUGCUCAUCCGGUAGAUAACUACGUCUUUUUCUAAUCCUAUACUCGACGAAAGGGCAUGAGUUUGUUUUCAAAACUUUUUCCAAUUCCCAAAUAAUUUUGAACCCGCUCUACCGUUACACUCAGAUUCAGGGUUUCCAAACUACAAGUCGCAUAUUUUCCGCGUACGCAAAACCACACAUUUCUCUACGGUAAUAAAGGAGGACCAUAUAGGGUUCAUAAAACUUAGCAGUGGAUUCGAUCCAUAUUGUUAACUUUACAUGCCACAUUGGUAAAUGGAAAGACAUGACGAUUUAUGAACGGCCAUUUCACGGUACUUAAAAGUCCCACGAUUCGAAACUUUUUUAAAACCGAAUUAUGUCCCUUCUUCAAGCAUAAAUUAAGAGGAAGAAGAAGAAGACCUAAUUAUCUGCCGAAUGAGCAAAACAAUGAAUGUUUUAUGUAUGUUUUCCAUGAAAUAUAAUUGGACCUCUAGGGCCAUUUAAAAUCAAUGAGAAAAAUGCAUGUUACAUAAGUAGACAUUUUUUAAAAGAGUGUAGCCGGCCCUAAGUUUGUGAGGUACAGUAGGUGAGCUAACUCAUGAAAUGUCAAUCGAAAUUCCGAAAUGCGUUUUCGGUUCGACAAGUUUAAGUAAUUAGGAUUGUAAAAUUAGUAAGUUUGCAACGUACUUCUAUAAUAUUUCAGUUACCUCAGGAUGCCGGCUUUUGAACGAACUUCCUUCCGGCUGCGUGCAUAAACUACACACUGUAAAAGAUGACUGCUUAUGCAGCAUGGAAUUUUCUCAUUGAUUUUCGAUGCCCUUAAGGAUUCGAUUAUAUUGCAUAGAAAUCAUGAAUAAAAAAUAUUCGUUCUCUUGCUCAUUCGGUAGCAAAUGACGUCUUCUUUUAAUUUUAUACUCGAACGAGGGAAAUAAUUCGGUUUUAAAAAAGUUUCUAAUUGUGGGACUUUUUGAUACCGUGAAAUGACCGCUCAUUAAUCGUCAUGUCUCUGCAUUUACCAAUGUGGUUUGUAAAGUUAACAGUUUGGAUCAAAUCCACUGCUAAAUGUUAUGAACUCUAUAUGGUCCCCCUUUAUUACCGCAUAGAAAUUUGUAGUUUUCCGUAUGCUGAAAAUAUACGGCCUUUAGUUUGGAAACCCUGAAUCCAAGUGUGACGGUGGAGUGAGUUGAAAAUUAUUUGGGAAUUGGAAAAGCUUUUGAAAAUCGAAUGAUACCUUUCGAGUACAAGACUGGAUGAGGACGUACUUAUCUACCAAAUGAGCUAAAGAAUAAAUAUUUUUAAUGCAUGUCUUCCAUGAAAUAUAAUUCGAGAUUUAGGGGCAUCGAACAUCUGUGAGAAAAAUUCAUGCUGCUUAAGUAGUCAUUUUUUUCACAGUGCAGUUUUUGCAGGCAGCCGGAAGUACGUUCAGUCGAAAGCCGGCACCCUGAGGUUACUGAAAUAUUAUACAAUUAUGUUGUAGACUGACUAGUUUUACAACCCUACUUAAUUUAUCUUUUCGAAACGAAAACGCAUUUCGGAAUUUCGGUUGACAUUUCAUGAGUUAGCUCACCUACUGUAGAAGAAAGUGUGGUAGAUGCCGCGCAGUUUUACCUUACUAAAAUCUGAUUCACGCACAAGUCACCGUCUUACGCCCAUCACGUUUGAAGUGUGUAGGACUUAUUCCUUCCAAACUUCAUGAUGACCCUGUUACCUUUUUUUCCGAAGUUAGUUAAUCAGCCCUUUACCUCUCCGUUUCCGUUUUUUGCUAUCGCAGAGUCAGCUACCACCACUGAAGCCUCAGACCCACCCAAAGAGCCGGAGUUGGACUCCACGGCCACAUCUGCUGAAUUGGUGAGUCUUGGCUCGAACUCAUUCUGCAUACCUUUUGCAGCAUUUUAAGCCAGUGCCUCUAUUUGGUACCCUGUUGAUCGGUCAAAGCCCGUCUAACCCUCGUGAUCACGGUGUCAACGUUACUUUGCCAUGUUGGAAUAUGGGACUGAUUGCAACUAUACUAAACUGGCCAGUCGAAUUGAAGCCUCCUUGCUGGUACAGUCGCUCCGUUUACUCAGUUAAAUAUCACCAUUACUACUGGUACUAAUACUACUUAUUGACUGCAAGUAGGCGUUGUUUGUAAGCAUAAAGAUGUGACGGGACGCAACUACAACGGGCAGAAAGCACUUUCCUUGAUACACUAUGGAAGUACGAAAGUAAUACGGCCAGAAAAGUGGUCUUGUUUUGUCUUACUACUACAACUACCACUACUACUACUGCAGCUACUACUGCCGCUACCACCACCACUAACACUACUACCACGAUCACCCUGUACAAAAGAAAAAUACAAUUUUUCUGAACAGAGACUAAUUUAUUGUGAACUUGAGCAUAGCGGUUCUUCCGGUCAUCUGCCGUUGCACCUACUCCGGAUUCUCCGCCAAGAUUCGACGAAUACAAAUGGCUAGAAGGGAACGAAUCGCUUUGCGUCCUAAAUUGCAAUCAGUUGCUUAUCUGCCAGAGGAUAGAAGACACUAACCCUGCCUUGCGGCAAUGAAGAGAGACUUGAGGGCCUCGCUGGCUUUUUGACCCUGUGGAUCAUUCUUCAGGUAGUCCUUCAUUUUCUUCACGUUCUCCAUUAUCUGCUGACCAACAUCAAGUUCCUAAAUAAUGCAAAAAGGGGAUGCAGGGAGAGGGGGUUGGGUGGUUAAAAGAACAACGUCCAUUUCAACUGGAUGCCAGUGGUUCGGGCAUAGGAACCGUGAUGUGGAUUACAAAUUUCAUUGUAGCUACGCACAGCAUUAAGCCUCAUUGCACAGACAUAAGGCACAAGAGGGAAUAAAGAAACAGUGCGGUGUAUGAACGACACCGCUGUGCUCUGAACAUACCUCAUCUGCCCUAGAAACGAAAAAGUGUCAUCUCACCAAGGUUCGAAGAGGGUGCCUACCUGGCUGGGGCCGCUGUGAAGGCUAGAAGGACGAGCGCAAAGAGACAGACCGUUGUGGUGUGCAUUUUGCAGUCUUGAUGGGUGGAUGAAUGCGUCUCCCUCCGGGGGGAGGCUUUAUAAGUCUUCUCAUGAAGAGGGUGCACACGGCCUCUGACCCCGACCGACCUCGAGCGGUCGAAUUUGGCCACAAAGUUUUCCGGUGUUUAUGAGAACAUUGGCCUCUGCUACAGCGGUCAAAUGACUGACCCUUGACUGUGUUUGAUUUUGCACAAGAGUGCUGUCAGCUUAGUGUGUUUGCUCUUUCAAAGGGGUACCAUUUCACAUCACGGUGAGAGAGAGACCACAGAGAGAAGUUAAUAGACAGACAGAGCGAGAGAGAGAGAGAGGGACAACCCUGCCGUUGGAUAUAUGUUUGUAUCUACGAGAGACCCCGCGCUGGACCAACACAAGGGCUAGAUUGAGGCCCGGCAGGCGUUAUCGGGAAUGCGCAACCAUAACAGAUGCCGGCAUUUGGGGGCUUGGCGUCCGAUCCAGGCACAGACCCACGCCGUGCCAAUUAGGAUCCAUGCCGCUCCCUUUUUCCCUUGUAUAAAAUCCUGGUCAGUGUAUGUCCUCGGUCAGGGCCAGUACUACUACUACUACUACUACUACUACUACUACUACUACUACUACCACUACUACUAUUCCAACUACUUCGAUUAAUACUGUUGCUAGUAGUAGUAGUAGUAGCAGCAGCAGUAUUAGUAGUAGUAGUAGUAGUAGUAGUAGUACUACUAGUAGUAGUAGUAGCAGCAGUAGUAGUAGUAGUAGUAGUAUUAGUAGUAGUAGUAGUAGUAGUAGUAGUAGUAGUAGUAGUAGUAGUAGCAAUAGUAGCAGUAGUAGUAGUAGCAAUAGUAGCAGUAGCAGUAGUAAACACUCGCUAGUACUGAUGUCAUUGCUGUUAUCAUUUCUACAGUUACUACUACUACUGCUACUACUACUACUACUACUACUACUACUACUACUACUACUACUACUACUACUACUACUACUACCAGUUACACUGCGUCUAAGACAACUACUAGGCUUCGGUGCUAAUGAUUUUAGAGCUGUCAGUAAAAUAUAAGCAGUGAUUAUCCCCUUUUUAGUAAGGCGCGUCUCCUGUGUCUCCAUUUCACAUCACGGUGAGAGAGAGAGAGCACAGAGAGUAGUUGAUAGACAGACAGACCGAGAGAGAGAGAGAGGGACAACCCUGUCGUUGGAUAUAUGUUUGUAUCUACGAGAGACCACGCGCUGGACCAACACAAGGGCUAGAUUGAGGCCCGGCAGGCGUUAUCGGGAAUGCGCAACCAUAACAGAUGCCGGCAUUUUGGGGCUUGGCGUCUGACCCAGGCACAGACUUACGCCGCGCUGAUUAGGAUCCAUGCCGCUCCCUUUUUCCCUUGUAUAAAAUCCUGGUCAGUGUAUGUCCUCGGUCAGGGCCAGUACUACUACUACUACUACCACUACUACUAUUCCAACUACUUCGAUUAAUACUGUUGCUAGUAGUAGUAGUAGUUGUAGUAGCAAUAGUAGUAGCAGCAGCAGCAGCAGCAGCAAUAGUAGCAGUAGUAGUAGCAAUAUUAGCAGUAGCAGUAGUAAACACUCGCUAGUACGGAUGUCAUUGCUGUUAUCAUUUCUACCGUUACUACUACUACUACUACUACUACUACUACUACUGCUGCUACUACUACUACUACUACAACCAGUUACACUGCGUCUAAGACAACUGCUAGGCUUCGGUGCUAAUGAUUUUAGAGCUGUCAGUAAAAUAUAAGCAGUGAUUAUCCCCUUUUUAGUAAGGCGCGUCUCCUGUGUCUCCAUUUCACAUCACGGUGAGAGAGAGAGAGCACAGAGAGUAGUUGAUAGACAGACAGACCGAGAGAGAGAGAGAGGGACAACCCUGCCGUUGGAUAUAUGUUUGUAUCUACGAGAGACCCCGCGCUGGACCAACACAAGGGCUAGAUUGAGGCCCGGCAGGCGUUAUCGGGAAUGCGCAACCAUAACAGAUGCCGGCAUUUGGGGGCUUGGCGUCCGAUCCAGGCACAGACCCACGCCGUGCCAAUUAGGAUCCAUGCCGCUCCCUUUUUCCCUUGUGUAAAAUCCUGGUCAGUGUAUGUCCUCGGUCAGGGCCAGUACUACUACUACUACUACUACCACUACUACUAUUCCAACUACUUCGAUUAAUACUGUUGCUAGAAGUAGUAGUAGCAGUAGUAGUAGCAGCAGCAAUAGUAGCAGUAGUAGUAGUAGUGGCAGCAGCAGCAGCAAUAGUAGCAGUAGUAGUAGCAAUAGUAGCAGUAGCAGUAGUAAACAUUCGCUAGUACUGAUGUCAUUGCUGUUAUCAUUUCUACCGUUACAACUACUACUACUACUUCAACCAGUUACACUGUGUCUAAGACAACUACUAGGCUUCGGUGCUAAUGAUUUUAGAGCUGUCAGUAAAAUAUAAGCAGUGAUUAUCCCCUUUUUAGUAAGGCGCGUCUCCUGUGUCUCUAUUUCACAUCACGGUGAGAGAGACCACAGAGAGUAGUUGAUAGACAGACAGACCGAGAGAGAGUGGGACAACCCUGUCGUUGGAUAUAUGUUUGUAUCUACGAGAGACCACGCGCUGGACCAACACAAGGGCUAGAUUGAGGCCCGGCAGGCGUUAUCGGGAAUGCGCAACCAUAACAGAUGCCGGCAUUUUGGGGCUUGGCGUCUGACCCAGGCACAGACUUACGCCGCGCUGAUUAGGAUCCAUGCCGCUCCCUUUUUCCCUUGUAUAAAAUCCUGGUCAGUGUAUGUCCUCGGUCAGGGCCAGUACUACUACUAUUACCACUACUUCUAUUCCAACUACUUCGGUUAAUACUGUUGCUAGUAGUAGUAGUAGUAGUAGUAGUAGUAGUAGUAGUAGUAGUAGUAGUAGUAGUAGUAGUAGUAGUAGUAGUAGUAGCAGUAGUAGUAGCAGCAGCAGCAGCAAUAGUAGCAGUAGUAGUAGCAAUAGUAGCAGUAGCAGUAGUAAACACUCGCUAGUACUGAUGUCAUCGCUGUUAUCAUUUCUACCGUUACUACUACUACUACUACUACUACCACUACUACUACUACUACUACUACUACUACUACUACUACUACAACCAGUUACACUGCGUCUAAGACAACUACUAGGCUUCGGUGCCAAUGAUUUUAGAGCUGUCAGUAAAAUAUAAGCAGUGAUUAUCCCCUUUUUAGUAAGGCGCGUCUCCUGUGUCUCCAUUUCACAUCACGGUGAGAGAGAGAGAGACCACAGAGAGUAGUUGAUAGACAGACAGACCGAGAGAGAGGGACAACCCUGCCGUUGGAUAUAUGUUUGUAUCUACGAGAGACCACGCGCUGGACCAACACAAGGGCUAGAUUGAGGCCCGGCAGGCGUUAUCGGGAAUGCGCAACCAUAACAGAUGCCGGCAUUUGGGGGCUUGGCGUCUGACCCAGGCACAGACCCACGCCGUGCCAAUUAGGAUCCAUGCCGACCCUCCUUUUUUCCUUGUACAAAAUCCUGGUCAGUGUAUGUCCCCGGCCCGGGGGUGUGGUAGCACUUGAAGAAGGGAUACGAUCGCUGGGACAAGAAAUUUAUUAGCCUCAUAAAGGCCUCCAGUCUUAUUCACUCUGUCUUGACACCGGGCGCAAGUGAGAGGGGGGGGGGGAGGCAGUGCAGUAGAUGCUGCGCAAGUCAUCGUCCGUGCCCAUACCCUGCUGUAGAGCGCACAGUCGUGACCUCGUCGGUCAUGACCGUCAAGUUGUCGUAUCUGACCCUCCUCUUCACGUAGGGGAAACGACUCAUUGAGGCGGAGACCUGGCUUAAACCCUAGGCGCAGCGAAUAUGACCAUUAUUUCCGUGCUAACUGAUGAAACCAUCCCGAAAAAAUGGAGAACCAACAAUCCACGUCAUCAGUUCGGCUUGGUUUCGAAUGGCCGAGGGAUGGUUAAAACUCACGGUGGAUAUCACUACAGACGACAUUCAACGGCAAUUCACUGACUGCGUGUACAUUUGUCUGUUGUGAUGGGUAUUUCUAGACGAAAAUGCGAGGAAGUUAAGAGUACUCUCCUUUAACGUAUCGACAGUAGAGGGGAAAUAAAGACCACAUGUCCGGUGGACCUUUUCAUGUAUUAGUGUUGGAACGCAAGGAGAAAAACAGGAAAUUGGCAGAAUUCGAGUUAAAAUAUGUGCGUCGUUUUAUUGUCAAUUAUUUGGCACAGAAUCUGAUUUUAGGUCGGUGAGGAUCUCAAGUUUACUACUGCUACUGCUACUACUACUACUACUCCCACUACUUCUAUUAGUACUGUUGCUAGUAGUAGUAGUAGUAGUAGUAGUAGUAGUAGUAGAAGUAGUAGUAGUAGUAGUAGUAGUAAUAGUAGUAGUAGUAGUAGUAGUAGUAGUAGUAGUAGUAGUAGUAGUAGUAGUAGUAGUAGUAGUAGUAGUAGUAGUAGUAGUAGUAGUAGUAGUAGUAGUAGUAGUAGUAGUAGUAGUAAUAGUAGUAGUAGUAGCAGCAGCAGCAGCAGCAGCAAUAGUAGCAGUAGUAGUAGCAAUAGUAGCAGUAGCAGUAGUAAACACUCGCUAGUAGUGAUGUCAUUACUUUUAUAAUUUCUACUGUUACUACUACUACUGCUGCUACUACUACUACUACUACUACUACUACUACUACUACUACAACCAGUUACACUGCGUCUAAGACAACUACUAGGUUUCGGUGCCAAUGAUUUUAGAGCUGUCAGUAAAAUAUAAGCAGUGCUUAUCCCCUUUUGAGUAAGGCGCGUCUCCUGUGUCGUAGAAGGUAAAUGACAGAAAGCCAACCGAAAAGGGUGCAGCUUCUCAAAUGAACAUUAAUGCUUCAGCACACCUUCUGAGGUUGAGAUACUGGCGAUUCUGGCGUGGCUCUUCUUCAGAUCAACUGCAUGACAAAACUGUGUGCCGAUGAGCGAAAAGCGACAAAAAUGUCGCCCCAUGUCUACCGUAAUUCGCAUGCGCUAAAUAACGCCUCUGCCUACUUCAGUUCAUCUUUGACACCUUGAUUGCCAGAUUUUUAAGCAAGGCCACCCAGUCGAUAGGCAGUGCGAAGUUUGGUUCUUCUGGCUCACUCUCCCUGGAGAGGAAAGUGGGGAAUUUGAGUAGUAAUUCAAGUGUUUAGUACAAUACAAAAGUUAAGAAAUCUUGCUAACGGGGAGGGUUCUGGUGAUAGACAAUUCAGAAGGUGUAUUCCGAGUCCCCUUCUUUUGAAUGAGCAUAAUCGAUUGCCCGGAGACCAUUUUGUGUGUGGCACAGGCAGACGAGCUGUUCAACUUUGUCAGUCGAUCCCGACCCCCCGAUUCUGUCUUAUUACGGGGUCCGUGAGUGUGAGGGUGUGACAGAUUCUGCGCAAGUCACCAUCCUUGCGUCCUCCAGGCUGGGGGCUUCACUGUGACCAUCGUCGUUUAUGACGAUCAAACUCUCACAUUGGACGAUGGCAGUUCUUGAGGGGGGGUGGGGAGGGAGGGGGAAAGCAGUCUGAGUCUUCCUGAAGAUGGCUAUUUACUUCAAAUUCUCAUCUGUAUCACGACUAAUUUAUUCACACUAUCACAGCGGGACCGCACCCUACCGCCUGAUGUAGCAAUCGACGCUUGCAAUGGUAGAGGAGCGCUCAACAGAAGUCACUCGUCUCGUUGUGCCUUCGGUCUCUCUCUCUCGAGCCCCGCCUGCAGUAAUAUAGGCAGAAUGUCAUUACCGACAAGGACAAGGGAGAUUGGAAUGGCUAUUUCUGACUUAUUAGCCGUCGUCAACCAUUCAUAUCCAGUCCUGAGGUGUGUAAUCCUCAUUACACACCAGAUGUUACACACCUCGGGACUGGGUAUGGUUCGCUGACGAGGACUAAUAAGUCAGAAAUGGCCAUUCAAGUCUCCCUUGGCUUUGUCGGUAAUGUCACUCUGAGGCUGGCAAUGUUGCCUAAACGGUUUGAAAAACCGACAGGGCUCACUACUACUACUACUACUUGUCUGCGAAUUUGAAAACACUGUCUAUGCAGAAACGCCCGAGACUUCUUGCCUGCCUCUGUUUUUCUUGUAGCCUUACACCCCCCCCCCCUCUUGCCAUUUCUGUCUCUUCAGCCAAUUGAAAGUAUUCCUCCACCGGACAUUGCAGUACCGGAGCAUAAAUCGACGCCGUCCUCUGCUGCUGAAUCAGUCAGUCUAGGCAAGCAGGACAAGGACACCACGAAACCCUCAAAGUCGCCUCGGGUGAGCUGUGAACUGUUGAAGUAGGCUUGUUUUCAGCCUUCCACGUUUGCAACGCCUACACACGGCUCACUUAGGAUUCCUCAUGCUGGGUUCCGUACUCUGUGCCACCACUGUCGUCAGCGGACUUUCAGUUGGGCAGGGGAGUAGAUACCCCCCCCCCCCCAGGGAUGAGUACAGGUGGUCUUGCUAGAUUCCCACGUCCUCACCUGGCAUUUGAUGGAAGACCACCUGUAGUAUCGGGGACACCUAUUCCUCUGUCCCUCCAGGCCUUCUUCGACUCGCGGGAGGAUAAAUUCGCCAUCAGAUGCGGUCGGUGAUCGAUCACUUGAAGUGUCUACCGAAAUCCUGCAAGGAAUUUUAUACUAGAAAGGAUUACUCUAAUGCGGUUGUCAUCCUGCUCAUCAUAUGGCAUAAUCCCAAGAUAUUUUCUGGUCAUGUCAGGAUGUUGGUCUUUGAAUGCACCUCUUCACGGCCGUCUGCAAAACCCGCACUCGAUAAAGAAAUGAUUAUUUAAUUAGGGUGAAAAUUUUAUACUGAUUAUGGAAACCCUUGCGUAUUUAAAUAUAUCUUGCAGGAAACAAGCACAGGAAUUGCAGGUUGCUGAUUAAUUGUCAGUUUUGAAUAAAUCGGUAUAGGCAGUAUGUUAUUACCGGCAAGGACAAGGGAGACUGGAAUGGCCAUUUCUGGCUAAUCAACCGUCGUUAGCCAGUCAUACCCGCCCCGAAGUGUUGAACACCCGAGGCUCGAAUUCACGACCUGUUAGUUAGAAGUCUACACCUCUAACAACUGGGCCACGAGCCCGUUGAUCUGUCGGUUUUGAUCGGUGAGCGUCCCCUGCCAUUGUAUAUUCCCUAUCGGAAAACCGACAGGGCAACGGGCUCGUGACCCAGUGGUUGGAGGCGUGGACUUCUAACUAACAGGUCGCGAGUUCGAGCCUCGGGGGUUGUGCCACACUUGGGGGUUGGGUAUGACUGGCUGACGACGGCUAAUAAGCCAGAAAUGGCCAUUCCAGUCUUCCUUGUCUUUGUCGAUGAUGCCAUUCUGCCUAUAUAAUGCGCCGCUGUGCGGCUGCUGGUUGGGCUCGAGAGAGAAACCGUAAGGCACAACCGAACGAGUGAGUUCCGUAAGAACGAUCGAUGCGCGCCGCUACCAGUCUAUUUGAGGCUUAUAGGCUCAGCCUGAAAUUAUAUGUGAAUAUUUGGGCCGAAAUCCAUCAACCACAGCGAAAAACUGCAUAAUACGCACCGCACUAUCAAUGGGCAGUCAGAAGUAUGUACAUGGGCAACACAAUAUGUCAUAAUCGACAGCACAGGUACUGGCUAAAAGCCCAGACACGUGUUUGGCCGAUAUUCUAUCGCUGCAUGACAGAUUACUGAUGAACGUCGGUUCAAAUAUUCAUUUUUACUGAAUGCGGUAUUUUCAGGCGCAGCGAAGAAUUGCCUUCGAAAGUUGACAUCCUGGCAUGACUGAAACCUCUGGGGAUUAUAUUGGAUGCAACACUGCAGUAAUACUUCCUUAUCUGGAAUGCAUUUCGGGAUUUCGGUCAAUAUUUAAUGGGAUCGGUCACUGGGUGUAUUUUUGAAUAGUGAGAUUUUUUUCCAUAACGGAUCAUAUAACAGUACCUGAAAGACGGCCAUUUGCCGAAACGUUUUGGUAGGAGGGGCCUAUGUCCGCUGCGAACUAUCGAAACACUGAUGUUCCCCCCAGCAACAGUGCCGCUGGUGACGUUGGUUAUGAUCAUCAUCGUCGUCGUCUGGACAGCACUUGUUGUGGCACAUCGUUUGAUGUACUAGCAUAUUAACCUGAAGUUGAUAAUGCCUGGUAGAACAGUGUUUUCGUUCAUCCCUACUUGAACGACUGCGCAGUCUAUAUGCGGCUGUAAGGAUGUUUUUCAGCUGCCGGUUGAAAUUUUAUUCUUUAAAAUUUUCUACUGUAUGGCAGCAGAAGCGGUAUCCAAGGGUCCCGUGGGUUGUAAUGCUUAUUCGCAGUUUCUUCGACAGUCAGAUUUUGCAGCUAGGAUUGAAUAGAUAAGCCCAUUCAGUAAAUAGAGCACAUGGUCUCCUGUGAUGCGGGAAGAAUAUUAGUAUUAGUUUUAUCAGUAGGGAAAAUGGGCGCGAAAAUUAACGAAAUCUACAGAAAGCCUUCAGAAAAUUUGUAUUUCCAUCAUAUGUUUGUUUUAUUGCUUCAACGAGGUGUCGGGGCAGACCGCGAAUCACGAGCCUGCAAACGGGCGGAAAACAAGUGAUCUAAGAAGACUGGAUUGGGUAAGACGGAAUACGGCGGGCAGACUUUACCCAAGCUUUAAACCUAAUCUUCAACCUAAUUUUAACCCUAACCCUAGCUUUAAUUAUUCCUCUAUGCUUAGCCACAACCUUGACUUGAGUGUAAAGAGCUCGCUUAAAUAAAAUAAGCACAUAUGUUAUGUUAGUAAAAACUUGCGGUUGCAUAUUUCUUUAUUUCCGAAUUUGUACUUUAAACGAAAGUUUACAGUGCAAAAAGGGCUGGAACAGCAAUCGACUAAGUGUUAUUUGCAGUUAGCUAUAAGCUAUGUUAUCAGCUUGCGCUCUGAUUUGGUUUACUCCACCCCUCCUCACUUGCGUGGAUCGCCUAUUUUGGGACUAAACUCUAAUUGCAGCAAAACUGGCGUUAAGGCUUUCGACAGUCUGCAUCGCACUGCUGAAGCAACUGCAGGCAUCUCUUGCCGAGACUAAAUAUGACAGGCUUAACCUUCGGUCCCGACUACCUGGAGAUUUUGAGUCAAUCUGAUUGGCCACUAUGAUAAUCCCUCAAGUUUAUGAUUUCCCCAACCAUCCUCCGUAUCCCCUCCUGCAAUCAAAAUCCGUCGAUAAACUUAAUCCCAAUGUGACACUACAUAUUACCGAUCGCAGCCGAUGGGGUGUGGGUCUGGUGGCUCAAACGACGGGAAUGUUCCAUUCGGAUGUUAGGCAACCCUCUGCGCCUCUGAGGAUCCAAGAUAGGACUGGUGACCUCCUUUUCCACCCAUUAAUUAGGAUGACCUCAAGCUGCCCUUGAAGCAGCCUGGUGGUACAUCUGGAGUGGCGAUCUGGUCACGUGUGUGAUAGACGCUGCUGGGAUGCUCUGUUUUGCCAAUAGAAGCAAAGAGACGAGUCCCAGUAAGCAGUCUUGAAGAAGGCGACACGAUCGCUGGGAAAAGAGCUUUAAUAGCCUGACGUUUCGGUUUCCUGCUCGAACCCAUCAUCAGAGACAGGAAAGUAGAUACGGGUGGUUCAUGCACAAGGGGCUGUAGUAUUUAUAGGAUGCAGUAGCCAUGCUACCGCAUGCCUAUGAAUGUUCACGGCUCCCCCCUUCAUCGGGGAUUGUUGCACGUGGUGUGAUGACCGACAUUCGCGUCGUUAAUUGCUUUAAUUUCAUCACGUGCGUUGGAGGUUGGUGUGAUGAUUGCUCUGUCAUCUGAUCCACCGACCCUGGCGUUGGGAAAAGUGUUCGUCUGUGCGCUGCCCGAGUGGCCAAUUACUCCGCAUAGGCAAAGUCUCAGCACCGAGUACGGAAUGGGAAGAUCAUUGCACUUGUUAAUGAACUGAGGGCCAGUAAACCAUGACUCAAGCAGCUCCCGGCUCACGCGGUUGUCACCUCUUGCGAGAAUUUCCGCCUCGUCGAAUUUGAAUGUGUGACCAGAUCUCGUCGAAUGAGCCGCAACUUGAGAGCUGGCGUCAUUUCUCCGCACCGCUGCAGCGUGUUCGGCCAUUCUCGUUCGAAGCUGUCUUCCGGUUUCUCCGACGUAGUUGCUUUGUCCGCAACUGCACCAGAUCCGAUAAACGACUCCAGACGUUUCUUGCCGUUUCUUUCAUGAACCACCCGUAUCUGCUUUGUCUCUGAUGAUGGGUUCGAGCAGGAAUCCGAAACGUCAGGCUAAUAAAGCUCUUGUCCCAGCGAUCGUGCCGCCUUCUUCAGUUCUCUCUUUUGUCAACCGCUACGCCCGCGCCCACCUCCGGCCACGUAGACCUUAUCUUUCCAUCGAAGUAAGGUGAGCGAAGCAUCAGAUGUGGUUAUGUAACCUCACCUAGAGUAAACAAACCCCAGCCACCCGUAAUAUGAGACCGGGGGUAAUAGGGGUUUUUACAGGUGGGGCGGGAAAACGCACAGGCGACGAGGUCAAGUAGUUGUAUCCAAAAGAAAAGCUGUUGGGAAUGCGCGGCUAUACUUUGAGUGGUUGAGAAAUACUUGCCCUAACCCCUAGCUCUAACCCUGACGCCUUAUCCUCACCCCUAGCCUCAACCCCAACAGUAUUGUGUCCAUCAGGUGGGGCCACAUAACCACAUCUUACCGAGCGAAGGAAGAUUUUGGUAGGCACUUUGAGUGGUUGAGACAUACCUGCCCUAACCACUACCCCUACCUCUAACCCUAACGCCCAACACUGAGGUCAAAAAACCCUAGUCGCCUAUAAUACGGGACUGGUGGUAAUAGGAAUUUUUACAGGUGGGGCCGGGGAACGAACAGGCGACGAGGUCAAGCAGUUGAAUGCAGAAGAAAAGCUGUUGGGAAGGUGCGGUUGUACUUUGAGUGGUUGACAGAUAGUUGUCUUAACCCUAACCCCUAACCAUAAUCCCUAGCCCUAACCCUAACCCUAACCCCAACAGUAUCGUGUCCAUCAGGUGGGACUACCAAACCACAUCUUGCCAAAAUUUCGUACAGGAUAGGUUGCGGAAUAGCUGGGACGAAUCCAGGUCGCUGAGGAUGCGAUAGACUGAAUGAAUGAAUUCUUAUAAGUUAGUCUACCGAUUUCUAGUGAAAUUUAAAGGCUGAAAGAGGUAAAUAGGUCGCGACGACAUUUCAUCCACAACACCUGGGAGGCUAACAUGAUUUCGCUAGGCGACGAAAGUCGCUGCCACCCAAGUUUCAACAGAGGAAUGCGUGUGCAAUCGUGUUCCAGUUACUUUGAGGAAAUAUUUGGUCGGAUGUGGUUUGGUAGCCCCACCUGAAGUAAGCAAACCCCAGUCGCCUCUAAUACGGAACCGGUGGUAAUAGGGUUUUUUACAGGUGGAGCCGGGAAACGCACAGGCAGCGAGGUCAAGUACUUGUAUGCGAAAGAAGAGCUAUUGGGAAUGCGCGGCUGCGCUUUGAUUGGUUGAGAAAUAGUUGUCUCAACUCCUAACCAUAACCCCAACCCCAACAGUAUUGUGUCCAUCAGGUACGGCUACAUAACCACAUCUUACCGAGCGGAGGAAGAGUGUGGUAGGUGCUUGUGCGAUUAGAGUAAAGUGAACGAAGAAUAAGACUGCGGUAGCUACUACUACCAAUGCUGUGCCCGCUCCCUGCGGCACGCUAUUCACGCCGCCACCAGCAACUAUCGAACUCUCGUGUGUGCAUGUAGCACUUUUUAACUUCUACCCGUUUCACUUGUUACCCCUCUCUUCCACUCCCGCCGCCCCCACGCCCAGGUAAAGGCUACAGGAAGUUCGGAGACCCUGCCCCGGUCGAUGGGCAGCCGCCCACGUGAGGAGGUGGAGAGCCAGCAGCCGGGAUCCUCUGCAACUCUGCCCUCCGGUAGCAGUAGUGGCAGCGGCGGCGGCGCUGUAACCGGACGCAGAUCGGCCCUCAAGGGCGGCGACAGGCCUGGUGGCGGCCCCAAAGUCAGCAAACAGUAAGUAGCCCCCUGCGCCGCUUAAGCCUGCAUUUGCCAACUGUAGAGAGGCCAGUCACCCCCCACCCCCCUCCAUCACCUGUCCCCUGCCUCCUCCUCCCCCCAGCAUCCGGUUCACGGCGCUCAGCCUGGUUGCUUGCACCUGUCUCCUCACCGUCGCGAUGGCCUCUACUCCCGUCUUCACCCCCGCCCGGGAUUCACCCUUCUCCAGCGGCAUGGGUGCCCGCGGCGACAUCUCGUGGCCUGUGCGGGCCAAAAAUAUAAUCAAAUUUCGAGCUGAAAACGCCAGUUCCCUGGCGUCUGCACGACCGACUGGAGCACCGCCGCUCUGGCUGCAUAUCACUGUCUGGCUGCCGAGAGGCUUCUUCCCCGGCGAGCAGCAGCAGCAGCCAGAUAUGGCAGGCAGCUCUGCUUCCGCCACCGGGCGUCCCGCUGCCCACCACAAAGCCGGCAGGGCUGGCGGCGGCGGUGGCGACUGGAACUUCUCUGUCUACCACCGAGCUGCGCCCAAGUCCAUCCAGCUCUGGCUGAACAAAACCAGCCGGACUGAAGUGCAUCUGGGGCCGGAUAUACCGCGGUCAGCUGUGGAGAUAUUCGGUGAGUCUGAUGCCCGCGUUGAGCACGGGGGGAGGGGGUCUUGGGCGCGCAUUUCAACCCUAGGCUUGCCUACAGGUACAUGCAGUGUGGACCGUUCUACUAAGUGCCACAUUGGAAAAUAACGUGGCCUGCGACCGACGAAGCCGGAGGGCGAUUUGUAAUGCUUCUUUGCGAUCAGACUCUGCUCUCAUCUGAGCAAGCUGUCUUUUUACUUCGGGACAGUGAUCAUCCUGUUUUAUUAAGGGAAAGGUAGGCGAACGCCUUAUAACUCCCUAUUUGGUUGCAAUAACGUCACAAAAUUUGGGAAGAAGUACAGGCUUUCAAGCCUGGGCUGGACCACUUAUCCCAAGUCGCCAUGCAUACUCUUGAAACUGGGCACAUAUUCGCUUGGGAUAAAACACGCAUUGUCGGUACCUGCCCACAUAAGAAAGGCCGAUAAUUCCCAGAGGCCAUUCACUUUGAUGAUUCAUGCAUCAAUCGAUGCAUUGAUCUUGACGCCAUGUACACAAAUCUCAAAGAAAAAUGGAAAAGGUGAUAGCCAAUCAAGACGUGACAUCAGCCCACAGCACUGACCCAUCCUCAGCCCUGACAAAGCAAUAUCUAUUUUUUGGGCAGGUUUGAAUUUUGCCUCUUUCUUCACAUUUACUACAUUUCUGACGAUGAGCUGGGGAACCAGACUCGGAAAUCUACGAAAUAAAAUUUGUUCAUUUUCCCAAAAGACUCCAUUUUCUUCGGCAUAUAUAUGUAUAUAUUGCUAAUAGAAGCGAAGAUGCGCGUCCCCGGACAUAAAUGAAAAGAAAAGACGAUCUCGGGAACCAUUGUUUUACCGUCCUGACGUUUCAAAAGCAAACAAGCUUCCAUCGUUGGAGGUGAGUGCGGUAUCGCACCUCAGAGCAUUUAUAGGUGGGUGACAGUCAUGUCAAGACCGUUCUUUUACCUAUGAAGUCAGGGCGGCAGGGAGGAAGGGGCGGGGAGGGAGUCCCAGAGCGUUUUUUCGCCGGAUGAGGGAGUGAUGGAUCAGCUCUCGUGGUCACCAGCCGCAUGCACACAGGGACUUUGGCGAACGGGGAGCAGAGAGGGAGGGUGACGGAACGUACUCAAUAUAUAUAUAUAUAUGUAUUUAGAAAGGUGAAGUUCUUUGGGAUGCCUGUUUUUCAAUAUAUAUAUAUAUAUAUAGAUGAGAUGAUACCGACAAAGACAAGGGAGACCGGAAUGGCCAUUUCUGGCUUAUUAGCCGUCAUCAGCCAGUCAUACCCAACCCCAAGUGUGGAUCACUUAAGAUUCGAACCCGGGAUCUUUGGUCAUGGCUGAUGACGGCUAAUAAGCCAGAAAUUGCCAUUCCGGUCUCCCUUGUCUUUGUCGGUAUCAUCUCAUCUAUGUCUACUACUAGUCGCUGUGCGACUGCCUGCGAGGGUUUAAGUAUGAGCCCCAAGGCACAACGGAACGAGCAUGUUCCGUAACCUGAUCGGCGAGCGCCCACUGUCAUAAUAUAUAUAUAUAUAUAUAUAUAUAUAUAUAUAUAUAUAGGCAGAAUGAUAUUACCGACAAAGACAAGGGAGACUGUAAUGGCCAUUUCUGGCUUAUUAGCCGUCGUCAGCCAGCCAUACCCAAGCCCGAAGUGUGGAACACCCGAGCCUCGAACUCGCGACCUGUUGGUUUAGAAGUCCACGCCACUUCCCACCGGGCCACGAGCCCGUUGCCCUGUCGGUUUUUGAUCGGGAAUAUGCAAUGGUAGGGGGCGCUCACCGAUCGUGGAAAGGCUGAUCGUCUAUCGGGUUACGUAACAUGGUUGUCACAUUGUUACUUGAACCUCAGUCUAGAGCCUUUACAGGCAAUCCCAUAGUGACCAGCAAUCAUGCAGGAUUGUCACCGAAGACAAGGGGGACUAGGGGGCAUUUCUGACAUAUUAGUCGUCCUCAGCCGGCGAUGACAAACUCUGAUUUCGGAUUCUAACCUGGACUCCCUGCCCACUUUCCGUUAAGUCUGACGCCCCACCAUUGGACCAGGGAUCCGUUGUCCUUUCGCCAACAGUCAAAAGUACUGGUUAUGGAAUAUUCAUUGCGUAUGUAUGCAGAUGCAAAAAUAGCCUGGCACCAAUUCGCAAUCGUGCCAUACCUGUAUAUACCGGUGGUGUCCACAAACAGACGAUAACCUACCGGCCUAUAUGGCGAACAAGCUGUUAAUGACAGCCUGUUGGUGGGAUAAACAAGAAUAGGCAAAAGCGGCCUCUGGUUUAUCCUGCCCGCAUUCACACUCGGAGAGGUAGUCUCAGUUUCCCCCAACUACCCUACCCUCCCCCCGCCCCGACCCAAAGUUCUUCAAGCGUCCUUGCGGUUAUCACGUUUGUUUAGUGUGACUCCUCUCCCUCUUUUAGUUCUGACGGUCUUUCAUCAGCUUCGGACGUCUGGUGUUUACAUUCACAAAUGUCGCACCUCAAUCGACACGGUUUCCGUUCCACUGGUUCAGAUAAACAAAUCCAUCUUGGUGCGCCGGCAUGAAUGUGUCAACAGGAUUAGAUGCUAAUUCAGGGCACGCUUAGUGCCUGCCCUAUCACCCUGGACGCUACCCCUCUCUGUUCUGGUGGCUAGCGUAAACCUCCUCCUGGGCCUGAUCGCUGGUGAUGAUACUGAUGCUCUGCGUCCUAGUGACCGAUGUCCUACCGUCAAAUUUAUGUUUAUCGCCCGGGGGGGCCUUAGCUUCAUGCAUGCCGGCGUUAUUCUAAUCCACUUUUCAAGUACAUGUGUCCUGUUGACAACAGUAUGUCCAGUAUGGCGUGAUUUUGCGCCUAACCUAAUUUCAGAAGCGCACGUUUGCUUGCUUAGAUGCGUAAACGACAGAUCCGGCCUGCAUGUUUUUCAUCUGUUUGAUCAUAUACUGUAAACGACUGGUUGGGGGGAGGGAGCUGGAGCGGUCAACUGGAGUUGGUUUGACUCUGACAACUGGGCUCCUUCCGGCCACAGACUGAGGGGGAAGGCGGACCUGCGGGUUCAUGCUCUGAGCACGAUUCUCAGCGAGGGUUCCACGCGACUCUUCAGGUCCUGGGCUUGGACUGUGUCAGGAUAGGGAUGGUCAAUAUGUAAGAAAUGGUCAUCUAAUUCUGUCUCGUCUACGAACCUUUAGUUGCUAUGGGGCCGCCUGCUCGAACUUCACAGGCCUGGGAUGCACGACUGAUUGAUGUGGGAAACAGAGUCGGUCUAAGUAUGUCUCCCCUCGUCCUUCAUAAGUCAGUUGCAAUUCCAUAUCCUUGUUGAGCGGCCGAUUACGGUCGAUCUUUAGAACUCGCUAGUAUGCAUGCAUGCGUCAUCUCUCUCGGCAGUUUCAACAACCUCGAUCGUUACAAGCUACGUCGUAGUCCGCGUGUCCAACGCAGUGGGUGCGGCACCGGUGACCUGCGCGUGAAGCAGGCUUGCGAAGCGUCUAUCGCACACUCCCUUCUCAUUCACCUUGCUCCGAUGACAAGACGUUGACUGGACGACCAGAGGCAUGCUCGCAAGCCUCUGCACACAGGGAAACAGGGGCGUCAGUGAGAGUCUAGCGUCGCACACCGAUGUGAGUUACUUAUUAGCCACGCUAGGCUUGAGCCGCUGCAGCCUGGGUCGUCUGAUCCCUUUCAGUUAACAGCGGUAACAAUCGGGAGAGGGCACCCAAAUGUCCGUUGCCUAGAAAUAAUACCUGCUAUACCUAUUUGAGUAGGUUAUGGCCCUACAUAUUUUUUGUUUCAUUCGACCUCAAUUUUAUCUGAUCUGCAGUGAACAUGUUGCCUCACUUAGAUUACCAUAGUCUCCAACAGUUGAGAUGUGACCGCUGCAGACCGAGCCAUGGUUAAUCAACCUUGACCUGGGCUUGCACGGCUGAAGAGUGACAGCAGUAGUGUGUUUGCGGCUAAAUCUACCCUUGAAUACCUUAGGAGAGUUGAGAAACGAUCGCUGUAGACCGACCAUUGGUUUGCCAUCCUUCACAUAUGCUUGCUUAGGUCAGGAGUGACGACAUUAGUCCGUUUGCUGCUUACUUUAGAACAUCAUAGCCUAGGAAAGUUGGGUAAUGAUCGCUUUAGACAAAUCCCAUGUUUACGUACCUUAACAUUAGCUUCCACAGCUGAAGAGCAAGCGCAGUAUUCAAUAUGCGGCUUAAUCUACGGUAGCAUACGUUCAUACACUGGCGAUACGAUCGUUGUGGACCGACCCUUUGGCUUAUCCAUUAUGGCCAUUUCUUCCUUAGGUGAGGAAUGACCGUAGUUGUAGGUAUGCCACUCAAUCUAUGGCACCAUACCCUUUGGACACUUGCAAAACGAUCGCCGUAGACCCACCCUACGUUAACCAACCUUAAUAUGAGCUACCACUACUGGCAAGCGACCGCAGUAGUCCCUAUGCGGAUUAUUAUAUAGUAACCUACCUACGGACAAUUGCAAUACGAUCGCCGUUGACCGAGCACUUAGAUUAUCAGUUUUUACCAUUACUUCCAGAGGUCAGGAGCUACCGCAGUCACCAGUGUGCGGCUCAGUCAAUGGCUGCAUAGCUUAGGACAGUUGCGAUUAGAUCGCUGCUUUGGUCGGCAGUAUUCUUUUGGGUGUCCUCUCGCGAUUGUUACCGUUAACAGCUCCCUAUACCAGAACUUUUUGUGCGUGGAAAGUACAUCAUACUUGCCGUAGUGUGCUUAGCCAGAGUGGGGAACGUUAUCUCAGGGUUUGCCGACAGUUCUCCAUUCCGUUCCAGGUCUUUGUCAUGCCAUUUGUAGACAGUCAGACCUGAGGCAUUGACUGAUGUGGCUUAAGGGCCCUGCUUAGCACAUGUUUAAGUCAUACACAGUAACUCAACUGCUCUUGAAGGUUGUCGAAUUAGGCCCAAUGAUACCCCCAUGAGGUUAUGUUGACCCCGUUGUGAUAGCCGAUGAAAUUUUACUGUUUCCUUCGGAACGGACCGCCGGUUUGAUAUUUCAUUCUUAGAAUGUUCCAUGUUAUAAAGAGAAUUUGGUAUUGUUUCGACAGAUUUGAGCAGUCAACAGGAAUCCGGAAUUGUGUAAACCUCUGCGGUGUUGACGGAAUUUCAAACGACAAGAGACGUUACAAGGCCUAAUUGAUGCCAGCACCAGCAAUGGAAUCUGAACCGGUGGCCUUGAGUUCUUCACUUUUCUGCGAAAAUUCCCAUUUUACAAUUAGAGAGUCAAUUGGCAAACAUAUGUUUUCAGUAAUUCAUCAUCAGGCCAGUAAAUUUAUAUGGGAAAUGGUCAGUCUAAUUGUCGACAGGUUAUAAAUGGGUCUUGGAAGCAGGGUUAAUCUGACUCCACGUUCCCACGCCACCCGCAUGACGGAGUCAACGUGCUGAGAACGGUGGAGUUGGGGUGGGAGGGAGGGGGGAAGUAGAGGGGUUCCGGUUAGAUUCUAAGCGCUGUGAAUGCGCGUGACUGCUCUCCGCGCGUCGGGACGGCGUGCGAUCACCGUCUGGUGUCGAUCGGGGCAGACAUACUGUAGCGGCCGAGGACGUCAAGUGUAGCACACACCAAAGUAAGAGAACGCUGAGAGUAGAUCCUGGAGGAAAUAAAUUCGUACAGUUGGAAUGAGUUACAGCCAUCAGAUAACCUGUCUGGUUGAAGAGGCGAUACCGACAUGCCAGCUAAAUAACCGGUGGGGAGCGCAGCGCUGUGGGCAACUGCAGGGGAGGGCCGAGGGGGGUGCCGAUGUGGUGGGACGGAGAGCGAUGCGAGCGUUGGGGUACGGUAAGGGGGAAGGGAUCGGCGGAUGAUAGAGGAAAGGACACUGGCCAUCUUCACUGACACGCGGUUACGCCAUCUCCACCCUAGGUCCUCGCGCGGAAAAGUGUCACACAUUCAAACAAUUCCGUUCAAGUCCAGGGGCGUUACAAUACUGCUUGUGUCAGCGUCUUCUGACAACAGAGUGCUGGGUUCGCCAGUUGAAUGGCCACUGCUUCGGCUGUGGCUAGCACCCGUUAGCGCAGGCCUUUAGAGUAGUGUGCCGGUGCCCGGUAGAUAACUUUAAAAGCUUCUUUAGAGUCGGCUUGGUGGUUCGUAUCGAUUAGAUGGGCGAGAAUUGAACUCGAAGUCGAUCGAUGUUCACCUCUACCUAGCUAGGCAGGCAUGUGUCCGCGUAGCCUCUUUUCCAGACGCCUGGUUGUACGGCCAAUAUAUCCCGCUCCACAGGAGCAGGUGAAUGAAUAAAUACACAUGGAUGUGGCCUGUAACGGCAGCCGGUCUUUGCCCUCCAACCGUAGUAGGGAGGAAUUUGCGAAGAAUACGCGCAAAUUCGCCGCGGGGAAGGCACUCGCGAGAGCUGUCCUAAGACGUCGUCUCCCUAAUUCGCUCGCUGCGUCUCCUACAAAGGGCAGUCUUCGAAAUAAGUCUUUCUUCUCCGCAGUUGCAACGGCAGGUUUUGUGGCACGCUCUCUAAUUUUCCGGAGGAUGAAUCGCUCUGGAUAGCCGUUUUCGCGGAGCGUGUUUUGCAGCUGUUGGCGUUCUGCUUCAACAGUUUCGGGAGAGCAGAUGCGUCGCACUCUAGCCGCCAGUCCCUGGACUAAAUUUCGUUUUAGAUUUAAGGGAACAAAGCUGUGAAAAUUUAUGCAUUGUCCCGUCCAGGUUUUCUUUCUGAAUAUCUUGCGUUGGAUGGAUCCAUCUUCUUGUCUGUGUAGAAGGACAUCGAGGAACGCGGAACGCUGCAGUUCCUCAAUUCCUGUACCAACUGUCUCCAAAUGACUUUCUGCAUGUCGUCUUAGUGAUACGUAGGGUUUGCCAGUAGUAUCUCGGAUAGUCCCCACUAUCAAUACAUCCUGAUAUGAAUUUCCUCGUCACAGUUGCCUCCGCAAGUCUGGUGUCAAACUUCAGGAAUCCAUUGAGUUCCUUUAACACCGAGGGGUCUUUGGACCGUCUCCGUUCUGCGAAAGUUCCCAUAUUACAAUUGAAGAGUCAAUUGGCGAACAUAUAUUUUCAGUAGUUAAUCAUCAGGCCAGUACAUUUACAUGGGAAAUUGUCAUUUCACUUUUGGGAUCCCCUUUAUUACGUAUUUUGUACAAUUCAAAAGGGAAUUUGGCGAGCAUACGUCUGCUUUCGAUAAAUUCUCUUCAGGCCUGUACAUUUAUGUGGCUAUUGAAGAAAUGAAUGCAAAAGAUUCGGGCAAAUAGAUGAUUAAUCUGUAGCUUGGGUUUGGAGAGGGGAGGGGGAGGGUGAAACACCAUAAUUCCAGUCGGCGCCAGGGAGAAGGUGGGUCCCGUCGAAGGUAAUUACAUGCGGGUGGCUGGCUUGGUGGCUUUGAACCACGGUAAUUGUGGGGCCUGCACGAAACCCUUCUGCGUGCAUAGGACCGAUCAGUGUAGCCUAAUUGCAGCCGCUCUGCCGUAGCCAACAAGCGCUGCCCAAGCAGUUUUGGAUAGGUAGAUGGGACCUUGUAGAUCACUCUGAAGGCCUCUGUGGCGUCUACACGGUGGCCUGUGUCUACCAUGUGCGCGAGGAUCGAGCUGUUGAUGUUCUUUAUUUGUCCCUUUCUUAACCAUGCUGGGAGAUGUUCUGUUCAUUCUUUUGGAUAAACGCCGGCUCGUGCGACCAAUAUAUUCUGCCCACAGGAGCAGGUGAAGGAGUAGAUACACAUAGAGGUAGUCUGAGCUGGUAGUUUGUCCUUACCCUCUCCGUAUAGGAUUGGACUGGUGGAGAACAAUACACGGGUGUCAGAUGCUGGAAAGGUCUGUGAUACAGCUUGGGUUAGGCGUCUUCUCAGAAGUGUAUCUACUCCUUCACCUGCUCCUGUGGAGCCCGUAUCUUUUGCAUUCAUUACUUCAAUAGCCAUAUAAAUGUACAGGCCUGAAGAGAAUUUAUCGAAAGCAGUCGAAUGCUCGCCAAAUUGCCUUUUGAAUUUUACAAUGGGAACUGUCACAACUCUAAAACAGUAUUUUGUACAGUUACUUAGUCAGCUAAAUUAAUUAAACCUGCCAAAACAACUAAUAUAUUCAACACGCCCCGGUGGUCAGUAGGGUGAAUGCUUGGUUUAUCGCUUAGGAAAAUGGACCCCGACUGUCAGCCGGCCGUCUUUCAGUCAACGAAUUCCCGAAAGAUGUUUCUGUAGUGGUAUUUUUGCCGAGUCUUAUCUUCGGUGGGUUCGUGGCAACAUUGGUAACGUUCCAAUCACAGGUAAAUGAAAACGGCGUCCCAUAAAUACCCAGGGCCGUGGGCAUCAAUCAGCCCUUAUCCGCGUGGGAAUCUGAGGCGUCAGGCGAAUUGAAUUCGGGCUCCAUCUUUCAAACUGCUUGCUGGCAAAGUGGGAUUACGUUCCUUAUAUGGUGCGGCGAGUUCAGAAAACAGAAUCAGGAUGCUAUAAUGUACAGAUUUCGUCUUUGCCCGGGGUUUCUCACAUGAACCUCUUUGCAGAGUGCUGUAGCAGGUACUUACCUAGCCGUGUAUUCCGUCUUUAGUUGUUUCCUGUACCUCUAAAGAACCUUCAGUACCUCCGAAACCUGGGCAACCGGCGCAUAACCCAAGCCUGACCUCCUGAAUGCUUGGCAGUAGGUUUCGCCUGAACACUUAACAGGGUUGAAGUACAUCAGUGCGGAGGUUCAGGCAGUUGACCUUUCCAUAGGGGAUGGACGGCAUUUUUUCGUCUACACUCGUUUGUUGUGCCCCGUUGUUAAUUUUCACCUGUAUUACUGUAAAAUGACAACAUGGAAACCCCCAUUGUUGCCGACUGCGAUCAAGAUUAUCGUGAAUCACGUGGAAGCUCUGUUGGCUAACGUUGGCUAAUUUCAAAACAGAAUGUCGACGUUGUCGAUUUCCGGUCAAGAAACCCUCUCCUCCAAGUGGCUAGCAUGCAACAGUUGAGAGAUACUACCCGGAAGUUAGUCAAGGGAACUAGGCCGCCCACUUUUACCCAUUUCUCGUCCAAACUCAGAAAAGAUCGAAGCACUUUGGUCGUCAUUUCGGUCCUUUCGUAAAGUGCCGUAAUUGUCUUUUAUCCCAAGCAUCGCGUAGAUGCGUGAUACGUUGUAGGAUCCUCCUCUAUCCCUGUUGUUGGUUCUUGGUUUGACUCAUUGCCGACGGAGGAAUCAGAAGAUCGCGACAAAUUUAUUUGAGUCUCUGUGGUGUUCUCCCAUCCCUAGGGGUCCAUUACUGGUACUGCACCUAAAGUCACUAGUCCUCAGUCAGAACCUACGGUGGAUGAAAUGUGUGCUGUUUACCCAAGCUAGAACGGUAGCCAGUCAUGGUUCUCAGGCCCGCAAUCCAUCAACAAGCGGAAUGACCUCCCGGUACCAUAUUCCGUGCUGAGAUUUUCCCUGGCCAGGGGAAUCCGUCAAGUGGGGAGGGCGCGGGCAAGCAAUUAUCCCAGUGACAGUGAGCCAAUUUGCCGAGCAAUCGUCACACCAGCAUCUAGCACGGAUGACGAAAUCACGGCCAUUAACGACUCGGACUGACAAGCCACCACGGCAUCAAUUACGACCACAGCGGUGAUUGCGAGAGCUGUUAAUUGCAGUGCGCAUGCGGUCCCACGGCAGCCACGUGCUAUAAAUACUACACUCCAUGUGCCACCAUCACCUUUAUCUGCGAACGUCUCUGGUGACGGAUUCGAGUGAGAAUCCGAAACGUCAGGCCAAUAACUUUCUUGUUCCAAUGAUCGCAUCUUCGUCUUCUGGUAGCCAUUCAAUUUACGGUUUGGAGACCUCGGAAGCCUAGGAAACAGACUGGAGUGUUGGUCAUGGCCACGAAAAGCGAAUGUCCUAUGUAAGCCUCCAGGCAUUUCACCCUCCGUUUUCGGGAGGGUUUUGUCAUGGAGAACGAGUCUCAGAAGACGUUACGUUUGUAUAAACGUACGUAUUGCGAUCGAAAGGCCACCCGGUCCCUUCCCACGAUGGUCGUGUUCUUACAUCCCCGUCGAAACUCCAGAUGGCAAAAUUACCUCCGUGCGGUUUUCUUUGCUUCCUGGGCCGUAUAUGUGGACUAUGCACUGCCUCAGUCGGGCAGCAUAUUUUGUUAUAAUAAUUUUUUAUUUAAGACCCGUUGGGGUCCCAUCGAAGCAAAAAUCUAGUGAUGUCUGUCUAUUCUUGCGGCGAGAAACGCGUAGCUCGUGAACCCUGCCUCUUUUCACGUUUUAUCGAUCUAAGCAGUCGGGAUGAUAAGUCUACAAAUAAGUUUUUUCGGAUAUGCGCUUUUAAACCCGCAUUUUCAUAUUCAUGCCUGGAUGUGAGUAAAACCCAAUAUUGUAAACAGGGAAAGCGGCAUUUCUUGUCGCGUUAACUGUUGUCUACCUAUGAAUCUUACCUUUGAAGUAAAGCGCUUUUCCUCUCUUCAAAUGGUUUUUUUACGUCUCCUAUGCUUGUAGGGCCUCCCACUGACCAGCUAUAUCCUGAACACGAUUAUCGUACUGCGGUGAAAAGUCAUGUUUGUUGUAGGGGUAUAUAUAUAGAUGGUGAAAGCUUUUGCAAACAAAACCGAGCGGUGGGGCUGGAAGAUUCGUUUCUGUCUUAUUUGUCGCUCUAGGUCCGCAGAACUUUAGUCACAGAUCAUAAAAAUCGAUCAACAAAUGCCUCUUAGAUGGGAUCGUGUUUGAUAGACUACACCCGACUGCUCACUUGCGUCCAGCCGAUCCUUCAUUUUCAUGAUCCUGCUACGCAUGGUAGCCGCUGGAUUAUGAGCGAUACCCACGCCUAACUCUGACGCAAUGCGUUCUGUAGCCUCGGACACAUUCUUUAUGUACGGUAGGAAGUGCCCUAUUUUUGGGGUCUCUCUUCCGUUUGUCCGUUGUGGGUGCGUGCGUAUGCAGCGGCUGAUGAAACUGUUUGGGUAGCCGUUCUUUGUUAAUUGGUCCCUCAGAUGCCGUAGUUCUUGCAUCCUUCCUUCGGGCUCGUUACAGUGCGUUUUUACCCGGUCGAAAAGCGCCCUCACACAGCCCUGUCUGUGCAACAAUGGGUGGUUGCUAUGAUAGUUGAGGACCUGGGUUGUAUUUGUUGCCUUUGUGUACCUGAGUUUAUCAUCAGAUGUGCGCAUUAUGAACACGCCAGAGAGGAGCAAUUUCUCGGCCUCCUUAUCUUCUCUUGUAAACUGAAUGUCGGGGAAGAUGCUGUUAAGCAGGUCUUGAAAACCCGAUAACUUGUCCUUUUCAAUAAUGACGAAUGUAUCGUCCACGUAUUAGCGCUAAAACGCAGGUUUGUAGUGGCUGAAAGCAACCUUUCCCAGCUCUUUUAGGACCAAUUCCGAAAUUUGGCUGGAUAUUGGGGAACCCAUGGGUGUUCCUUUGAUUAGUUCGUAUGUUCUGCCAUUGAGUUCGAAAGCUAAGACCAAUAAAUCUGCCGUCCCAGUGAUCGUGCCUUCGUCUUCCAUAAAAAAUGUUCGUUUCGGUCGUAAGGCCCUUGGUAAGUCUCUUGACACUGGGGCCAAACCAGACGGCGUUUUUGAUGAAGUUUGAUGCGGUCACGAAGACGGACCAAUCGCGUAGUGGCACUCGCAGUGGGAGCGAAUGCAUUCCAGGUCAGCUAUUGCCCACUGCCUCUCCCUCCCCCUCCCCCCACUAGGCACCGAAUUGCCACAGGUGGGCUAAAGAGUAGUGUUGAUGCUGCUUAGUCUCCCUCCUUGAUAAUUCAAUGUACACGCAAGCCAUCGUUGCCCCCACCCACCCAGAGGUUGCGUUUUACAAACAGAUCAUUAUGCUUGCUGUGGAAGUCGACUUUUCCACCGCCCUCCCCCCCCACUCAUCCCUUUAUCGCUUUGUUGACCACCUUCAACAGGUCUCUUUCAAUUCAUUUGAUUCCUAGAUGCCACGGAUACACGCUGGGUGCAGAGUACUCGAGUCUGUCGUCAACGUUACGCCUGCGAACACUCCUGCGACCCCAGCGCCGGCCAUGCAUGCAUCUGUCAGAGGGGUUACCGACCAGCCGGCCCCGAAGACCGCUCUCGUCUCAUUGGCUACGGUAUACUGCACCUCUUUUUGCACAAGCUGCACUACCACAUUUUUUAAAAAACCCUUAAAGCCCUCUUAAAUUUAUCGUUGUCCACUAGGAAAGUUACCUUAAAAAGAGAUUCACAGCAGCAGUUAAGGCGUAAGUUUUUUUCCGGACAGCAUGAUGGUGAUAUGAGGGUAGAAGAAGGCGACCAGUAAAUGGCACGGCUGUUUGAAGGAGUGUUCCCUGAAUUACCUGCCAUCCUACGCCCGUCAUGCCACGGUUUGACAUUUGAGGUCAGAUUAUUAGGGAAACGGGUAUUGGGGUCGCAUGCUCUAUCAGUUGAUCCACUCACUCGCCUCCUGAAGGUCGCGAUCUUGCUGUAGAUGGAGGACUGGGGUCCGCCAACCACCGGCGAUUCCAGGUAUGAGGAGAGAUACUUUUUUGGGGGGGGGGGGGAGGCGAUACCGCACCAACAAGUAGGUGCCGAAAUUCGCUGCCCCUUACAGCAGCAGGUAGCGCAACUUAUGGACCAGGCUAGAAGGGAUUAUCCUGCAGCUUAGUCCCCAGACACUUCUGUUAUCCCAGGAUGCCAGCUUUUUACUACGCGUCUUUCCGAUCGCCUGCGGAAAUCGCUCUCAUUUGAAAGGACAACUUGUGUAGUAGGAUCCUUUUCUCCAAAUGUUCAAAUUGUCUUUAUGAAGUUUAGCAUACUAUAUAGAAUUCAUGCACAAAAUACCCUUUCUAGUUCUCAUCCCGUAACUCUAGUCUUCUUCAAACGGUCGUCAUCGUUCCUUACCACAGCAGAGCAAGGUUUUACAUAGUCCCGGUUUCCCCCCUCCGUAUUGCGGCGGCCUCGGUACAGCACAGGAGACACCCAGCCAUCGCCCCAAAUAGGACCUUAAAUGCAGUCAUGUGGUCCACCGUAUGGCCCCUGUUCACUAGGUGCUUCGUAAUUGAAGUCCUCGGUAUCGUAUUUUCCGCCCUUCGGUAUGUGUUCAGCUGACCGAACUGUCAACUGUCUUUGCGUGCGUCUAAGGUAUUUGCAUCCGCAACUACAUGUAAGCUCAUAAAUGUGGCGUGCAUUGGCAGAAUGUUUUUGGCUGGUUCAAUGCGUAGACGAAUCGUUUCCUAAAGAACGUUUUUUUGGAACCGGGUAUCCGGAGAAGUUUAUCGGUAAGUAUCGCCAUCCCAGACAGGGAAAUCCUACGCCUACGGUUGCUGGUUGGGCCCGAGAUAGAGCCCGUAAGGCGCAACACGGAACGAGUGAGUUCCGUAAGAACGAUCGGUGAGCUCCCUUCUACCAUUGUGUAUUUCCGAUCGAAAGCGACAGGGCAACGGCCCGUGGCCCGGUGGUUAGAGGCGUUAGACUUCUAACUAGCAGGUCGCGAGUUCAAACCUCACGUGUUCCACACUUCUGUUCCGAAAAGGACGGUGAGCAUCAACCUCCCUUUCAAAGGCGAUAGUAUCAAAUGUGAUCAAGCGACGACUUCGGUCCACGAGUGAACGGACGUAUGCCGCCGGUAUUUAUGGGUUUACAUGUAGUUGCGGCAUCGGCAGAAUGUCUUCGGCUGGUCUAACUGGAAUGGCCGUUGUAGUGUCUAUGAACUGCAAUUUAGAGGCCCCGUACGUCCGUUCACUCGUGGACCGAAGUCGUCGCUUGAUCACAUUUGGCACUAUCACCUUUGAAAGGGAGGUUGAUGCUCACCGUCCUUUUCGGAACAGAAGUGUGGAACACGUGAGGUUUGAACUCGCGACCUGUUAGUUAGAAGUCUAACGCCUCUAACCACUGGGCCACGGGCCCUUUGCCCUGUCGGUUUCGAUCGGGAAUUUACAAUGGUAGAAGGGAGCUCACCGAUCGUUCUUACGGAACUCACUCGUUCCGUUGUGCCCUUACGAGCUCUCUCUCUCGAGCCCAACCAACAGCCGCACAGCGGCGCAUGAUAUAAGCGUGGAAUUUCCCUGUCUGGGAUGGCGAUACUUAUGGAUGAACUUCUUCGGAUACCCGUUUCCAAGAAAAGCGUUCUUAGGGAAACGAGUCGUCUACGGAUUGGACCAGCCAAAAACAUUCUGCCAAUGCUCGCCACAUUCAACUGUAAGCACGAGUUUACAUGUAGUUGCGGAUGUAAAUACAUUGGACGCAUGCAAAGGCCACUGGCAGUCCGGUCAGCUGAACACAGGCCGAAGUGGCUGUUAAGGACCGAAGUUCAAUUACGGACGGAGUUCAAUUACGAAGCACCUAAUGGACAGGGGCCAUAAGGUAGACCACAUGACUGCAUUUAAGGUCCUACUUCGGGCGAUGGCUGGGCGUCUCCUGCGCUGUGCCCAGGCCGCUGCAAUAUGAGGUGGAGGGGGGAAAACCGAAUUAUACAAGCAGCUGGAUCACGUCUUCUGUAAAUGUUACGCCUGAAAACGAGGUUUUUUCGGUUUUAAAAAACUACUUUAAAAUUACCAAAUAAUUUUAGACUAGGCCUGCCUUUGUGUCUGUGUCGAGGAUAUUUAAACUACGAGUUGAUCGUUUGCAAAUUAGGAAAAUCCACACAUUCAUCUAGGCCACUAAGCUGCCAUCCGGUACCCAUAAAAUUUUGCAGUUAGCAUAGACCAUAUUGUUUACUUCGUAAACAGCACUAAUAAAUGGACAGAUAUGAUUUCAGUUGGACGGACACGUCAUGGUAUCAGAAAUCACAUAAUUAAAAACGUUUCUUAAGCCAAAAGGGCAUCCUUUGGCUCUUAUCUGGCCUGCGCCAGGUAUGCGCUGUUAAUCCUUUUUUAAAUCAGUUCUAAAUGAACAUUCAUCUUAUGAGAAGACAAUAUGUAUACCAGAGGAAAGUCGGUUCCGGCCCUUUUAUUGGUUUCUGACCCGUAGCACCUCGUGAGCCGUCAGCAACUGACAUCACCCUAAACAUAGCCUAAAUUUACCUCUUCCUAGUUGAAUGGAUAAGGGUAGUGUAUGUGACCUCCUGAGUGGUUGGCAAAAAGCCAACCUUCUUUUCUUACGGCUUGCCUGGCAGUAAGUCGCGAAAGGAGUCACGCAGGAAGCAGAUUUCAACCUCCUUAAAGUUGCCCAUUCUGUGCUCAAGGCUUGGGUCUGGUCAACGGUUAGAAUAGGUGUUAGUUGGGUUAUUCCAGGAAAUAGGGUCUCCAGGCUUGGGCUAUGGUUUGGAUUUGGCUGUGGUUAGGGUUUCGGGACUUAGAUUAAGGUUACAGUUUUCCUUAAAUGCUCGCGAGUUAGGGAUUUCUCAUUGAAGACAUCAUCAUGGUUGGCGCUAAGUUUGUGGUUAACUACGACCUCCCCCAAGGGGGUUACAUACCAUACCCUUACCGUCGAAUGAAAGAACCGGGUUAUCCGUCGACCCAUUUGACGAGUGUUGUCUUGCUCUACGGGAUUACUGAUCCUGAGUUCCGCUUUGUGCUGUUGAUAGCAGAGCAACACCCGCUAUCAUCUAACCAUCCAUAAAUGAAUUCCAAAUGGCCAAUCCGCUAAGUUUUUAGACAAUACCUCAUUCAUUCCUGCAGCCGACCGGGUGCGAAUGUCAAAAAGAAUGUUGUCAGCUGAGAAGAAUGAGGCGCGAUGGUUCUAAUUCGAGUUUUCUCACCAAAGGCCUCGGAGUUACAUGUAAACCAAUCGCACUCAGGCAUUCCAAACGCUCUCCUUCCUCCAUAUCUAGCGCUGAGACUUUGCUCGAGUGAAGUUAUUAACCAAGCGGGAAGUGUGAGAGUGACCACUAUUCCUAGUGUCCCUAUAUGUGAACCAAAUGACUGAGCAUUUGUCAUUUGAGAGGGCGUAUAUUGGAACAGGGUUUCGUCCAUAAUCGAUCCUUACCAUGGUGGUGCCAGGUUUAUCACGUGGUCCAACUGCAUACAGAGUUCUGGUUUCCUCCUCCGUAUUGCAGCGGCCUCUGCAAAGCGCAAGAUACGUCCGGUCGUCGCCCGAAACAGGACCUUGAAUGCAACCAUUGGGUCCACCGUAUGAGCCGUGUCCAUUAGGUGCUUUGUGAUUGAGCUCCUGGGUACCUUAUUUUCCGCCUUAAGCAGCCACUUCGGCCGAGCCGCCAACUGGUUUUGCGUGCGCCCAAUGUAUUUGCAUCCACAACUACAUGUAAACUCAUAAAUGCAGUUUGAUGUGGCGUGCAUAGGCAAAAUGUCUUUAGCUGGUCUAACUGGGAUAGCCGUUGUGGUGCUUAUGAACAACAAUUUAGAGGCGGCAUAUAUCCCUUCGAUUGUGUACCGAAGUCCUCGCUUGAUUACGUUUGACACGUUAUCACCCUUGAAGGGGGGGGGGGUAGAUAGUCACUGACUUUUUUGGUACAGAUAUUUCUUCAGGAAUUCCUUGUCUGGGAUGGCGAUAUUCAUCGAUGAAUUUCUUCGGAUACCCGUUUGCAAGAAAAACGUUCUUUAGGAAAGUUAGCUCGUCUUCGAUCGUAUCUGAGGAGCAGAUUCUGGCGGCUUUGUUGAACAGGCACAAAACCGAGUUCCGUUUUCUCUGAAUUGGAACGAAACUGAGGAAGUGCACGUAUUGUCCUUUCCAGGUGUGUUUUCGAUAGAUGGAUCUCUGAAUAGGGACAUCUGUCGUUUGUGUCGACCGUGGUUGCCUCACCGCAUUGUCUGCGCUCUGACUGCUCGGUUAGUUAUUAUUCGUUCGUGACUAACAAUCGCCUGGCGACGUAGAUGUUGACGAGUGUACGAGUUAAAACCCUGCUAUGCACAGUCUGGAACAUGGCCGUCAGUGUGUCACAGGUGAUUGGCGAGCCGAAAGGUCACAAGUCGGACAUUGAGUCCCCUCAAUCUGAUGUCGCGGGAUGCUUUACUCACACAUGAGAAGUCGUCCGAGCCUAUAUGAGGCCUGCUUAAUGCCUUGCCUUUUUGUCAGCGCUGAUGAGUCCGCGUCAAAGUACGAAACGGCUGGAGAUGGUCUUGCCCUUUCUCACUACCGCGCGUUCUGAUAUGACGGCUCCUGAAGUGUUUGAAUGAACCACACCUGAAUGCUCCGUAUUUUGGCUAACAUUAAGGACUUCCUCAUCCGCAAACAACGAUCACACUCUAAACCCACUUGGUAUACAAAGGAAAGGGAACUUGUUUGGUUGGUCUACAGUAAAAGAUAAAUGACAAGCAGUGGUUCUCAAUCCUGUCUGCACAGAGCGCUGUUCGAGCGCACUCAGCAAUACUGUUGUUCUGUGGAGGCUUUAUAAUUACUUUGCGUUUUCCGAAGGGCAAAGUGUGGUCUCGCAUGCUAAUGGGGUUUCCGCAAAUUGUCUGAUAUCCAUGCUCCCUUAGAGCACCUCCAUUCAUAUUGCUACGCAGUCCCCAAACUAGUAAAGUGUUGGCUAUGUAGUACACAACCAUCAGAAUUUAUGUGCAAGGUCGUAAUGGUCGGUGGAUUUUCCUCCACAGUAGAUUGAAAGUUUUUACGUCCAAAAUAUCCGUACGCAAUUAUGUAGUGAUUUUACGGCCCAUGAUAAUUGUCAGUCCCCUCAAUCGCAAAUAAGCAUAAAGCCUAUCUCACAAAUUUAAUAGCAUCAAUUUUAUGAGUAUAAUUUCGAUAUUUUGUUUAAGUAAAUCAAGUUUUUGCGUGAAGAGACCAUAGUUUACUCAUAAGAUGAUAAACCUAAUGGCUAAAAUAUAUCUAUUUCACAAUUAUAUGGUCAAGUAACGUGUCAGCGUUUCUUCGCAUCUGAACUAGGAAUGUUACGGCGUGUUUUGGUCUAAGUGAUUGUUCCCGCCGACCGAUAGUUCGACUAUCGUUUCCGACGAUGUCCACCGUGUUGUGCUCCAUGCCAGGGCGGAAAAAGGGACAAUGAAUUGCGCGUGAAUUGGUUUAAAGUGAUGCCAGACUUGCGCAGCAUCUACCUCACUCUCUCCUCCAAAGCUAUGCCCGGUGUCAUGACAUGGUCAAGAAGACUGAGGGUGAGAGACGGUGCAGGUGGUUGGCACGGCCGGCCCCGCAUCUAGGCGUACCAACACACCCCCUGGUCCACAACGAACACUUGACCAGGAUUUUAACCAACAACAAAAGCGUCACAACGGGUCAGAAAGACGACGAAGAUGCUUGGGCAGCAUGCUCACGACCUGUAAACCCAGCGGGGAGACCUAUACACUUUUGCGAAAAGACCUGUGUGAAAAGCAGUAUCGUACGAGCUAUCAAGCGAUAUUUGACCCCGAGUUUUCAAAGAUUGCAAUCUACUGAAUCAUAAGGAGCUCAUUGUUAUUCGCUUAUCGGAAGCUGCGGCAAGCAUCGCCUUUGAAGAAGUACCAGGCGCCGAACGACGAGUACGUCUCACUUGAUGUCACGUCAGCUGGGCAGAUCUCUGGAGACUGGAAAUGUUGCUGUCAUGUCUGCGAUAGCUCUCCAUGUGGAAGUGCCAGUGUGGGGCGUUUUGUGUCACGCAGAAUGCUUUGUCGUGCACCCAUAAAUUUCUGCUCAACAGCUGCGGUUUGUGAAUCAAUGCAAGGUGGGGUUACACAACCUACCGUUGCCACGUUUUGGUCCAACAAAACAAAUGAGGCAUAUUUCCUACCAGUAGCUUAAUGACAACUUCAAUUGGGGAGCCGACUGGCCAUUUCUGGGUCAGAUCCUAGCGAGGUUGCGAACCUAUUGGGGCCGUUGUUAAGGUGCGUGCAUGGCAAUUGGGGGGACCUUCUGAAAAUGGCUCCUCUUGGAAUGAAUCCGAAAUUAGACGAGCAAACACUGUGCUGAAUUUCUGAAUUGAAAUGGGGGUCAUAUACCCUUUUAGAUUCAGUCAGUGAGGCCACGAUUUGCGUGACCUUCUAACUAUAGGGCAGUCACUUCCUCUCAAUUCAUAUUAACUGACUGUAUGCCAAACCACUUUUGAUACAACGAUGUCCGCAUUAAAAGUUAUCAUCUUUUCAUCAUUUCAUCCGAAAAAGCGAAUCGAUUAGCACGAAAUGACUGAAACGUUAUUAAAGCAGAUAAAUUGCCUUAUUCUUGUGUCUCAGCGAAUGAAUACUGGUGUCCAAAACUUGUCACUCUUUACAAUUCCACUGAGAUUUUGUUUUUGAGACAAAAUGUUCUGAAUAAUGUACAUUUUUUUAAAAAUUCUCUUAGAUCUUUUCGCGACCCUUUUGACUUUGAAAAUCCCCUAUUUCAGCAUUAUUUAUUUCUGUCACUUAUCGUGCAAGUUGGGUUAUGCAGGGGACAACUAUGGCAGUUGCAGUAUCUGCUCGGCGGUUAUGUUUAAGUGUCAAACUGACGGUGGUUUCACUUUUAGGUGUUGGUAUGGCUGCCACCGGACUGGAGAGCGUGAAGGGUCGAGUCUGCCUCGACGUCGACGAGUGUGAGGAUCCUGCUGUUCGCAGUGAAUGCACUCGUCGUGGCGGCGUGUGCACAAAUCGCCCCGGCGACUUUCGUUGUCUCUGUCCGUCUGGUCACUCAUGCCUUCGUGAGUUAUUUAAAAUACAUGCUAUUCAGAAGUUUUAA